GAAACAACUAGUAAAGAUUGUUUGAAAUACUGUGAUGUGAAUGUAAGUAUUGUAAAGAGUAUUGUUACUUAACUUGUAUCUUUUUUAUUGUAAGUGAAAGAUGUUUUAGAAGGGUAGUAAGGGAUGUUUAGUGUCUCUAAGGGGUAGCUAUCAGCUAAUUUCACCUGCUGGAAAUGAUCUAACAUCACCUUAAAUUGCACUGGAAAACAAUGCCAAGGUGUAACAGCCGUCAUUCAGUAAUAUUCAGUAUCAAUUCCAUGUUUUAUUUGAUCUGAUCAACUACGCUUAACACACUGUUUGAAUACAAUACUGUAUAAGAAAUCCUUACAAAAAAGAAAGUAUCCGUGUCGGUAACCUUGAGAAUUGCUGCAAUAUCUGUAAUGAUUCCAUAAUGUUCGAUUCCUUCGGUGUGAGUCUAGUUAAACAAUCCUUAUCCAAAAAAGGGUGAAAAUAACAAAGUGAUAAAGGCACAUGUGUGUUGAGGUUUGACCCAGUCUUGAAUGUCAAAACCUUGCAUGGACUGUGACCUAGUGCACAGGAAACAUAACAUUUACACAAGGGGUAAUUUUAAUAAAGUCUCAAUUCAGCAAAAGGCUGCCAGAUGAUUAGUCUACUAGUCUGGUUAUAAUCUUUUCUUUGCCUACAUUUCUUGCCAUUUUAGUUUCUUAUUCAGGGUAAUUCAAGAUGAUGGUUUUUGCUGACUCAGGGUUCGCAAAUAGGCCAAAUUUGGCGUAUUUUACGCCAAAAUUGUUCAGAUGACUCCACAGAGGUUACGGAGGGAGUCACUUUGACUUCAGAAAUUUUCGGUAACAAACAGGGAGCCACUUCGACUCCAGGAAUUUUCGGUAACAAACACAGUUUUGUCCCUACCUUUUUCGCAACAAAUGCAAUUUACGUUAAUUGUAAACGUUGUAAACCUUAAUUAAGUCAUCAAAAUUAAAGAAUGAUACUGCACGACAAAACAGGAAGAGGGUAAAUUACGAUCAAAGUUUACUCGAUGACCGCCAUCAUGGAUUUGAGCUUUCUAGGUCAGUGAACCCCCACAGCUACACCGUUUAUCCAUCACGAUAGUUAUUUAUGCCAGGACCACGUGCUAUAAAGUGUGAAAAUGGCUUUUUUCGUUGUGAUACUUGACUCCAAAUUUUCCAAAAUGACUCCAAAAUUUGUGAAGUGGAAGUCACAGUGACUCCACUUAUCAAUAAAAUUUGCAAUCCCUGUGACUCAUGCACCUUUAAAGGUUUGCCCUUUGAAGCACGUAGAAUUAUAGACUGCUUGCAGUCUGCCUUUGUCUUAGAAUUUGUCCAGUUCUUAUGUUUCUUAUCCCAGCCAAUGCGAUUGCAUACAAUGGCGUCACAUCAAGGGAUUGGGACAUGUCUUAUCACCUUAUGUGGAAUAAUUGCAAAAAAAAUCAGGUUUUUCCUCUUGAAUAGUAACUUUACUUGCUUUUUAAGUAGCAGAUGUCAUCAUUGUAUUUUUGCAUUGCAGGAUGGUGAAGUGCCAGAAUCUCUUCUGAUUAAUGUGGCUUAUUUCUGUGAUAAUGGUGGCUUAUCAGCGAUCAGGGAAGCCUUUCAAGAGGCUGAUCCUGCCUCUUUGCCUUUUUCCAUUGCUCAUCAUCUUAUAAACAUAGUUACUCAGGUAAUUAUGUCAAAUCUUCACACUAUAAGACAUGAGCUAUUCAUGUCCUCAAUUAUUAUUUAUUGUCGUAAAUUAUUCAGUGGAUUAACCGCUGGCCAGUUUUCUCAGUUCAAGACUGCCGGUCUGCUAAGUGGAAGGUUGUGAGUUCAAACCCUGACCAGACAUCCCUUAGUGGCGGGCGUGGCUUCUAUUCCAGUGCCCUAAGUAUACAGUUGAACCUCUCGACAAUGGCCACCAUGGGGACAGAAGAAAAUGGCCAUUGUAGAGAGGUGGCCGGUGUAGAGAGGUUGAAACAAGAGUGAAUGUAUGGACAGUCUGCUAGAAAAAAUUACGGUUGUAGUGAGGGGGCCGUUAGUGGGGGUUCGACUGCAUUUGUGUAUAGCCUGUAAUAGUAGGUAAUUUAUCUUUUUGUGAGGUAGGCACAGUGUAAAAUUUAAGGGAAUCGGAUAAAAUUGGUACCUGAUUGAUCCGCAUCUGUGUGACCCGAUGCCGAUAUUUGGACGAAGUUCCCUUUCUUUAAUAUGAAUAUUAUUUAUAUGUUUUUGUUAGCUUCGUCUUUGGUUUAGCAUCCAAGCUAUCAUGCAGUACAUCAUUCCACUUCGGAGGCCUGUUAUCAGGUGAAUAUCAGUUAAUCAUGUCAUGGCGGCUAUAUAAAUCUUAGUAAGGCUGUAAUUUUAAAAACAGUCACCAAAUGCUGCUUAACACUAAAAAGGAAGAAAAUAAUAUGACUUGUUUGUAGAUAUGUGAGGUUGGUAUCCAAAUUCCCAUAAUGAAAAGAUUUACCCAAAUUUACUUCAAACAAUAAACUUGUAACCAUCCCAAAGAGCUCCACUUGGAAUCAAACCAGCAAACAGUUGAAAACUAGUAAUCUGUCAGCAGAUAACUUUAAAAAAGUGUAAUCUUAAUGGGUUGAUACCUGAGCCCACAAUAUGGUCAUGUGAUUAUUGUCAGCAGGUAUCCUGUUUUGACAGCUGUUAAUUAACCACAACAUGGAUAUGCAAUAUCAGGUUGUAGGCUCCCACACUACAACUUUUCUAUAGCUAGAAAGUGUGAGAUUUUACAUUGGUUGUCCUGUGGUGAAGACAAACGAGUGGACGGACAGGCAGCCGGGUGGAUGUAUGCUCAUCUCACUACCAACAAUUUCUUAGAUGGGUAGAUAACCAAAUUUCCUUAGCUAUGUGGCUCUGCUCACUUUACUUUUCACUCCGCUUACUUUUAUCAGUUCCGCUCUAAAAGCGAGUUUUAGAAUAGUAUUGAAUUGCUCUAAAUAACUCGUCAGUAUAUGAAGUCCCUGUGGAUCACAAACGUACAAGUAAAUUCAUAAAAUUGAGCUUUCAAAAUAGGCCAUUACCUUCAAAUUUUUGUCAUCGUUUGUGACAGAUAUCUGUGCAAGCUUACUGAUAAAGAUCUACGGCAACCUGAUGGGCGCAUUAUGGUAGACUCCAUGUGGAGUGCUGUAAAAGGACCUGUAGAAUCUGGACCCAUCUGUGACAAGUAUGUGGUGUAGCUCCUAAAUACCUCUAACUGUAAACCAUGCUGUACAUGUAAAUAUGGACCGACUUUUUUCUGCUCUCGGAUGUAGGUCAUAAAUGUGGGUAGAAAACGUGAGGGUCUGUUUCUUACAAUACAGAUUGAGAAAAUGAGGAACUUGUGGUAUUAAGAUAUUAGUUACAUCUCUAGCUUCCAAUAGAGACUGAGAUGGUAAAGAAAUAUGGCCAAGUACAAGGUGCAUACUAAGAGUUAUACAUGUAGUAAUAAAGUUGGCACCAGCAGGAAUACAAGUUUUUGCUUUCAUGCAUGUACUUUAUCAGGUCUUUCUUGGAGCCUCACAGUUACUUUGGCUUCAAAUGAGCAGUGCAAACAUAUACUGUUGCAAACAUGCAGUACAUCACUAAAGCAUUAUUGGUACAUGCAGCAAGUUGAUACUGUGUUUCCUAUAGCUUAGAUGUGGAGAAUUGUUUUGAUAUGACAACAUUAACUUUAGUGACCCAUUUCCUCUAUUCAAAUUCUGUCACAUGUACUUUUAUGUACUUUUGAGGAGAACAAAAUUGCUGGUUACUGUUGGGCAAGUUAAGUUCUCAGUAGAUUUGUUUGUCGAUUGUUUUUUUAACUGAUUCUGUCUUUAGGGAUAGCCUUGAUUUGGCAUUUAAAUACUUCACCUCUUCUACCCUGACUGUACGACUGGCUGGUCUGAGCCAAAUAGCUGUAAGUCAUCAAGCUGUUUUAAUAAUCUGCCUUAGUGUAAUUAUGCUAUGUUUAUAACUACACUGUAAAUUGUCUGAAUUAAAAGUAGAAAUGUACAGCAAAAAUAAACCAAUCCCAAUGCUUGGUCGCAUGUGUUGUGAAUGGUUUUCCUCCUCUACUUUCAACUCCAUCAAUCUAGUUUUUUCACCAGAUAGCUACAAUUGGCGACAAAAUGAGUUGAGACACUUGGCCCUAAAGGGGCUUUUUGGCAUUUUCUUGACGUCAAAAGAGGAAAAUAUAGCUUUUCCUCCCCUAUCCCCUCCAUUGAAUGUUGUGCCACUGUUCGAGCUACGUUUAGAAAACAACAAACACCCGAACUUUGAAUGGAGGGUACAGGGGCGGGGUGUAGAUUGUUAUGUUCUCUGAAGUUACCCUAUUUGUGUACAGUGUCUCAACAAUUUUGUCGAUGAUUGUAGCUACAAAGCCAACAGUAAACAAAGCUUGGCCACUUCUUUCACCACAUGAUAAUGCUCUGCUUCUGAUUUCCACUGUGGCUCUAACUCUGACGCUAGUGAAAGGAAACUUAGCUUUCAGUGGUCCCCCUGCAUUUUAUUCUUUCAGAAUCAGGUUCACAUGUUCAUGGAUCUCUUCCAAACAGACCCAGCAGCUGAAGUUGAUAGACAAUGGUAUAGUUGUUUCCUUUUUUGUUAAGUUACUUUCACCCAGUAGCUUUAGGAUUAUUGUUUUAAGGACCUUAAUCCGUCAAAAAUCAUGCAUUUAUAGUUUCUGUUAAAUUAGAUAAUUAUUAAUUAAUAUCUUUGGCCCUCAAACCAUUAUUUUACUUGAUUGCUUCUAAUGUCUGAGAAUUGAUAUUGCUUUUGCAUUAUUUUUUCCCCAUUACACCUGAACUAGGAGUAUUCCCGCUUGCCAGUGUUUUAUAAUCAUUGUUGUUUCGUUUUGAUUAAAAAAGUUGUAGAAAAUUGAACAUGAAGGAGUGUUAUAUCACACACCCAGAAACAUGGGUUGAAAAAUAAGUACAUACAUUUAUGUAAAAAGCUCCCAGACAUCACAAGUCUGGCUUCUUGCAUGUUACUGGAUAUUGUUGAAACACUUUUUUUGUGUGUUAAAGAUAGCUUCUCAAAAGGAUUCAUAAUCCUUGAAGAAAGUUGAGGCAAAAGUUAACAAAAUCUUGUGUCUUCAUGUAUUAAGACUACACACCCAAGUGUCCUUCAUGGAAUUUAUUUGUUUUUUUUCGUUUCUGGUUAAAACAUAUGAGUUUGAGAAGCUGCAAACAUUAUCUUGAUGAGAAUAAUAUUUGAACAGUCAAUAAUAACAUAAUAUGUUAUUUUUUCAGCUUGUGCACUGAACUCUCCCAGUGGUUAAUUGAGAACAAACUUGUUGAACAUUUGUUUGGUCCUAAUCUACAUGUUGAGGUGAUAUGAUAAUAUUCUUCCAUCAUUUACAUUAUAAAAUUUGCUUGAUACAAAGAAUCAUCCAGCUAACCUUGUUAUUUUGUUUACACAUAUUUUGCUGUUGUUUUGCAGCUUAUUAAACAAUCUCAAAUCAUAUUGAACUAUCUGGCACGCGAAACUUGUCUCACUACCUCCCACCUUGACUGUAUGUGGCUUGCUGCACAGGUACUGAAUUUUAUUCUUUCUGAAAUAACUAAUAUUUGUCUGUUAUUCAAGGGUCAUCCCCUUUUUCUUGGAAAACCAUUUUGAAAGUUUUUGGUCCAAUUUGAAAGAUGGAAUUUUUGUGGAAUUUGUGGAGCCUUGUCAAAGAGUUUCAUAUUCAGAAUGUUUUUUAAAUUGUAAGGUUGCAGUGUUUAAAAACAAAUAAGUUAAUAAAUAAAUAAAUAUUUAAAUAUAUUUUUUACUAGAUAAAUAGAAAAAUAAGUAAAAAAUAAAUAAGAGUGUAUGUAAAAUAUUUUAAGAGAUGAAAUGAGGGGCUCUAAAUCUACAUGUAUUAAAACAUGGCUAUUACUAUAUUACUGGCUAUUUUUUUGAACUGAAAAAAAAAAAGCAUUCAUUAAACAAAUACAAGUUUAUUUUAAGGGUUGGAACAAAUACAUUGUACAUGCAGUAACUGGUUUCCUUUGAUUGGUUUACAGCUGAAGCAUGCAAGCCGUUAUGUUCAUGACUUGCUAACAGUUCUCACAAAACACAUGGACAUGCCCUCUAUUCUGUACCUUCUUGAUCUUGUGUCUAAACUGCCGCCUACAGCACACACUCGACAGACCCUUUACCUGGCAUCUGUGCUGAUCAGAAUUGUGUGGAGAGCAGGACUCACCUCUGCAGUCGCUGAGGCUGGUCCUUCUGUGCACACUACCAGCCCUGUGCAUGGACCAUUGACAUCAGGUUAGAAUUUUAGCUGACAGCAUUUAAUAGAGAUGAACAGGAUUUGAAAGUUAAUUUUACUGUGCUUCUUAAUAAUAUAGGUGUCCAUUUUACACACUGUAAUGGUCAACAACAAGAACCAAACAGUGUAUGUUCCAGGUUUUUGUCUACAGAUUCAAUGUGAAUUGAACAUUGAUUGGACUGCAAGUUGCAUGUUUGUCUAUUGAGUCCUAAGACUCACAACAGUCUGUUGCUUUGUUGAUCAGUUUGCUUUGUAUUUUAGGAAGUACUAGAGCUGCAGUAGCUUCAGCAAUGCAGAGGAAAUACCACAGAACAGCAAGCCUUAGCCAGAGCAGCAGUAGGAGUGGCAGCUUGAGUGACAUCAGCUGUGAUGGAGAACAGCUUGAUAUGGAUGAGUCACCCAUGCCUCGGCAUCAAAAAUACACACAGUAUGUAUAGCUCAUUAUGGGUCUUUUUGUAGGGGCAUUGUAAAAUUUAGCAUACAUUUUGUUAUUGCAGGGUAAAGACAAUGAAAUGAAGAAAAGGACCAAAAUUGUUGUUGCCAGUUUUUUUUUAUGAGUAAAGCACACAAAUAUGCAUUAUUGAACAAGCUUCCUCAGUCAAGAUGGCUGCAUAUUUGCUAAGUGCUUUUUGCUUAAAUAUCUAAGAUGAAGUUGAGGUCCCUUAACACAUGUACACAAAGAACAAGGUUGCUUGACUGAAUAAGCUUGGUUAUUAAAGUAUUUUAUGGUGAAAAUAAAAUCUUUUCUUGCAUGAUGAAGUGGGCAGCCCAGUCGUAAUGUAUUGAAAUAAUACGCAGGAUAACAAGAGUAGCAGACAGCAGAGACCUAAACUAGUUCAGUUUUAAGUUAAUUUUAUUUAACCUAAGUGUUGAGUGGGCAGCAAAAUUAAUAUUCCACUGGAAGCAACAAUUGCUGGCUGCUGGCUCAUUUAGAUCAUUUUGACUUAGCGGAGUGGCCAAGAUAUACCUUAGCAUGUUCCAGGCCCUCAGAUAGUAGGGAUGAUGCGUAUUAGUGAAUGCAUGUGAAAAUAUGAGUACCUAAUCUGGGAAAAAGGGGCAGUGGCGGGAAAAAGGGAGGGAGGGCCUGUGAUCAUUUCUUUUACAACCCUCUUCCGUCCAUUUUUGUUACAUCUGGACACAGCGGUCAAACUGUCAAAAUUUUAAUUUGUUUUAAUCAUUCUCACAUUUCCCGAGCCGGUAUCUCACGCUACUUGAACUCCACAAAUUUGAGAAGUUUCAUGUGUGCCAAUUACGGCUCUGAAAUAGCGUCUGUGAAUCUCGUAACCCAUCAUUCCAAGAAAAGAAAGCUUUAAUCUUCAUACACACUUCAUUGAAACUAUCACUAUCUAACUAUUGUGUUUUACAAGUUGUUUAGUGAUAUUUUACUUCCGCUGCUCUUCCUUUCCCCAGUUUUUUCCCAUUUUAUUUUCUUGUUCGUGCUUUCUCAAUUGGGUGGACCCAGCUAUCUUGGAGCCUAGAACAGGCGUGAUGUGCCCAUCUUUCCUGUUUGAGUAGGCCUAUCAUUUUGCCCACUUUUGGAACCAGCUCCAUUACAAAGCCUAAUGAUAGAUUUAUUACUGUUAACAUAAUAAUAACCAACCUUUGUAUUUGUCUGUAGUCUGUCAUCUCAAGGGAGUGCAGAUAUGGAAACAGAGGAACUGCCUCAUCCUCCUGACCUCAGCCAAUCGUUCCCCUGGCCAGGCUGAGGAUUACUCCAGCCAAGAGAAAACAGGUGGAGAGGAAGCUGAUAUUGACAGCACCAGCUGCACUAACAGUCGAGGUAGCUCACUCUCAGAUAGGCAGGACCUGGAUGAGUUUGACACAGAAGGUGUGGAGGAUGAACUGACUCAGCUAAAGACAGUGGCUGCUCUGCGUGUCAUGCAGGAUGAAGAGGGUGAACGAGAGAGGAGCCUAGGUUUUGAUUUGAACUCAGUUUGUGAGGAAGGGAAGACACUGCUGUGGGACUUGAUUCAAGAUGAUAAUGCUGUAAGUACAUGAUGUUUUGCGCAGUGGGAUCAAGUUGGAUUCAUCAUUUGUCAGGACACAUUUUGCAAGUUUAUACUGUCACUCCAAUGCAGCAAGUUUUUUGGGGGCCCCUUUUUGGAGCUGUUGAUAUUAUCAGGGGAAUUUUUUUGGCAGUCCCUUAACCCAUUCGCUUCUGGAGAUUUUGCCGAAAAACGCGUUUUGAAGCUAGUCGAGUGGUUUUCUGGUCACUGUCGUGCUAUAAAGAGCUAAAACUUACCACAAACCGGUUUACAGGUCGUACACGUGGCGGCCUUCUGAUCCAGAUGCAAAAUAUGAGCUUGCGAAGUUUGGGCAUGCGCAGAAAGCUUUCGCUUUUCUUGCCUCAUUUUUUUUUUCUCUUGCUGGGCAUUUAGUAGGCUUCAUUUUGGUGGGAAGAGUUUUUAGGAAAGCUUUUAGGAUCUUAGGAUUAGGUGAAAGGAAAGGUAGGUGGGUAAUGGAACAAGAUUUUCAUGAGGAUUUUCAGGUCCUUGUCACGUGGUUUUUUGCUUCUUUCUCCGGUGUCCUUGACUGAAUUGUGCUCAUUCUGGUAUGGUUUGAAAGAUCUCUUCACUCUGCACAAGUUAGCGAAGAAAGUUGUCCUUGACCGUUAAAACUGAUGAUGUCACAAAGGGUAGAAAGGACCUGGAUCCGCACGGGCGGUUCAGGGGCGAAUGGGUUACCAUGCAAAUGACAAUAUUAGACAGUACAACAGACGUUAGAUAUUAUCAAAACACCCUUGCAUCGGUUUCAUACCGGUGAAUAUCUUGUCUGACAAAGUAUAAUAUGGAAGAGGAAUGAAAAGAUUGUUAAGAAAAAGAGCUGAAGAACACCAGAAGUCCUUGAAUUUAGGAGUCUGCAAUUCUGCCAUAAGUCAACAUCAACUGCUAUCAGGGCACAUGUUCCACAGAAACAUGUUGUAUGCUACCACAGUAGUUAAUUAAGAGCCCCCAAGGUCCACGGAAAGAUUAAUGAAGGAAUUAAUGUAGGAUGUUGGACGGCUCUGAUGUGUACCCAUUCCCACUCUGACAGGAGGUGAAAAUUGGGCACUCAUAACGAUUUGAUGUUUUCCCCGUUGCCUCAAGUUCCCAGUGUCAGGGUUGCUUUAUAAUCUUGUGAUCCCCAGAGGCUAAGGUGAUACUGUGGACAAGUUGGGCAGGUGCUGGCAAAAAUUAUUUUCAUCUAAAUUUGAUUGCUCUUUCUCAAUAGCCUUUAUCUGUGUUUCUUACUACAGGAUAUUAAAUAUCUUCUGAAUUUUGUGGGCAUAUUAAUUUUAGCAGGGCUUGGUUCUGGAAUUCUGUGAUAAUAAAAAUGAAUUGUUGAGUUGUUUCUUUAGAUCCAGCUGGGUGAUGGCUUGGUUCAGGAGGCAGAAAAGCUUCUCUGUCAGUUGAUUUGUUACACAGGUGAAAAGAAGAUCAGAAUGAAGUUUAUUGAAGGAUGUGUUGCUAACUUAGCAACAAACAGGUGAGGGUUGACUAAGGUUGAGGCUAUUUAGCUAUUUCAUUUCACCAUUUUUUAGCUGUUUCUAAACUGGAAAACAAUUGUGGGAGGUUGCUGUCUGUCAUCAUUUAAACAAUUUAAUACCAUUGAAUCCCAGUAACUUGGGGAAAAAAAUCAGUUCAAAUUUGCAGGGCUCAAAUUAUCACAGUCAAUUGAUUAUUCAAUUUGCCUUGCUAGCAAUUGAUAAUUCACUGAUUUUCCAGCACUUGUACCUAGUGUAACUCAUCUCAUCAAAUCUGCAGCAUUGUAUGCAUUCAUACGAUAAUACAGUACUGUGAAAUGUCUAACUCAGUUGCGCUCAAUGUAUGUCUGCUUAUGUCAAGGCUGUGCUCUAAGGAAAAUUGAAGGGAGCCCAGUGCUUUGAACCUGUAAAAUUUAGGGUGCCCAGCAUAUGAUUUGUAUGAAAAAUCUGAGAUUUUCUAGUCGCCCAAGAGCAAAAGUCAUGCUUGAUGUACAUUUGCUUAUGUCAUUCGUGUUGUUACAUUUUUUCUAGCUUUUAAUGUCUAACUCGAUUUUUGAAUGCAUUACCACACAAUAGACCCCUUCGAAAGUAGCUUAUUUAAAAAUCCAAGUGUACAACCACUGCCUUUUCUCUUCUCCUUCUUUCUUAUUCCUCUUUCUCUUGCCUUAUUAGAUGCAAAUUUCACUAGAUUUGUUUCCAGAAAUCUCGCUAGAUGUUUCCAAAGAAUUUUGCCAGUCUUUCAAAGUGUGGCACUGUGGACUGACAAACGGUGUUUUUAGGUCAUUUGGCCUCAAUUCAGCUAGUUCUGCAGAAUCAUGUAGCUGGAUUUUGCGAAACAUUAUCACCAAGUAGAGAUAUUCCAUCAAGCCUUGUAUUUUUCAACGGAAAAAUAUUUCCAAAGUAGUGAAUAUUAAAAAUGCAUUUAUGUCCAGGAACGCGCACAAAUAUGAAAAUGUGCCUAUAACACCAAACUGAUGUUGACCGAUAACCAAGAUAGUGCUCUUUGUUGUUAACCAUGUGAAGUUUCAGCUAUCUGCUAUGUUUUUGAAAUGAAGACUUUGCUGUAAAAAUAGCUGUUUGCUCUUUUGCUGUUCUCAUUAGGUCAGUGGUGAUGUCCAUUCAGUUGCUUCCUAAACUGUUCAGUUCCUUCCAGCAGUUUGUUGCCACUGGACACGGCCCUCACUGGGUCACAAUGUGGGCCAACAGAGACCUCAACAUGAUGGAGCUGUUCUUCAACAAUAUAGUACACUUUGUGGAAAGCUUAUGCAAGGAGGAUGUUGAGUGCAACUCGCUUUAUAGUCCCUUGGAGGAAGUCCAGGCCAGACUCCAGUUUUUGUCAUCUGUGUUCUCAUGUGAACUGUCCCAGCAGGAUUUCAGUGAGUUUACUAUGAUCAUGUAGCCUCUAAGAGUGUUACAACCUUAACCUAGACCAUUGGUCAGAGCUUUUCAUACAUUUGUUGGCUACUCACAGCUUUACUUUUCAAACUAAUGAGACUACCAUUCAGUUGGCUUGGUCCCUAACAAAUAUAAGUCAAACAGGAUUAAGGUAAAGACUUCUGUCAGAGUCCAACUUACUAUAACUUAAUUUUACAAACUGCAUAUUCCUGCCAUUAUCAAGCUUUGCUGACCCCAGCUUUCAAGAAAAAAAAAAGCUUGUCAUAGAGAACAUGAAUGCCCUUUGUACCUAUUGUGUGAUUUCAUAGUUCAUCAGAAUGGUUUGUUUGACAGAAUUGAGUGCAAGUCAAGUUGAUGUCUUGUGGCAGUGCUUAGUUUGCAACUCUGAUUGUUCUGACGAUACACUGGAGUGGUUUUUACAGCAAGCACAAAGUAAAGAGUUUCACGCCUUAGAUGCAUCUGCUCUACAGUACAUCUACACUGAAAAGGUGCCGAAUAGCGUUCUGACACAACUAAAAUGGCUAUGAAGAUAAUUUGGAUCAAGUUAGGUUUUUCGGAAACUGCCCACCCACCCCUCCCCUGAGCUAACAUUAACACUAAGGACAAAAUGAUGGCUUAGGGGAGGGGUAGGUGGGCAGUAUCCCAGAAACCCAAAUUGAUCUGAUAAUUUCAGUUAGCCCAUUUAAAUACUUACCUGUUUCAAUUACAAUGGUUCCAAAUGUCUUGUAAGAGUUUCAAGUGUGUUGCCUACAUUUAUUUUUGAGUUUUUUGGUUAUUUUUUACUCUUUUAGUGGUAAGAGAGAUACCAUGUAAUACCCAUUUGCUAGCCUGUGAGCCCAUGACAGCUUUUGCCCCUCCUGCUUGUAAUGGCAAUGAAACUGCUUGUCCUGAAGUAACUCAGUUAUAAACAAGGCAAUGGAGGUCACUAACUAGCACUGUUUUAAGAUCUUGGAUGUAACUUACUUUGAUAUAUUUUAAUGCAAGUGUCAUGUCCACUAUCACUGUUGACAGGAAUGAAAAAAAGAGAUCACUUUUUACAACUGACCAGUGGCAUGACUCUUAAGUUGACAGUUGGGUUUUAAUGCUUUGCAGCUCCCAUCACUUCCCCCUGAAAAAUGUUCCAUGACAGGCCUUCAUCUCCUUCAGCAACUAUACAAGCUCUUCAAAUACUCCGAUGUCAAGCCCUGUGAUCCUACUAAGGUAACUGCAUCUUUAAGCGAUUCUAUGAUGUCUUGCAGUUUAUAAAGAGAGUGAGGCAAGAUGCCGUGGUUGAAAUGCAUUUAUCAUUCCCUUUGAUGCUUGUCCAGAAUGAUAAAUGCACACCUUCUAAAAAUGUUUACACAAUGAUACUUACCCAGUGUUGUUUUUUGUUGUUACCCUGUCUCUUCUGCUGGUAUUUCAUUUGAAAUUGCACAUGUUCUGCCGGCUUAACUUUUGUUGUUUCUUUCUUCUAUUUGCAUUUCAAGAUAGCUGCCAAACAAUCUGUAUUUCUGAGAAACAAACAAUCUAAUGGGCAUGAAAUUUGUCAAAUUUAGUAACUUCUGAAGCUUUUCUUGUAAAUGACCAGUUUUGUUAUUCAAUCAUGGCAAAUCUCCACUGAGUACUACUUCUUCCGUCCGUGUUCUUUCAUUUUAUAAGCUUCUUUUGUGUGAGUGCCAGCAGCCUUCCAGCUGUAUAAUUUUGAGGUUUAUAAUCAUUUCUCCUACCUACAGUUGUGUGGUAUAGACCAGUUAUGGAACAUCGCUGUACAGGCCAAGUCAACAGAGGUCAGCUGGGCAGCCAUCACCUACCUGAAUUCUCUUUACAUCAAUGGUAACCACAGUUUACUCAUUACUGUUUAAUCAUAUGCCCACUUCUGAUGAAGUAAACCAUGUUGAGUCAUGUUCUUGAAACUAAAGAUACAUGCAAGAACAGCCAGAUUACAUAUAAAUUGUUGGCUGUUGCAGAAUAAUUUUAGUAGCUUCAUUCCCUUAUCAGCAAUAGUAAGCCCUACUUCCUUGGCUUUUUGCAAGAUGAUUAACAUGUACGUCUUCUCAUGGUAUAUGUUUUGAUCUGGGUAUAUGCACUUGACCAUUUUAAGUCAUCUGCUAUUUAAAAUGUGAGAUUUAGAAAACUUACUGAGUAAGUCUUUUAGGCAGUCUAUUGCAUGACAAGUAGGAGGGCAGCACCUAUUCAUAUAAAAUGAUUUUACUUUUCAGCUAACGGUGGAGCACUGAAGUUUGAAGAUGAAUUUAUCGGUAGAUGCAUGACAAUCAUUGGAAGCGCUUCUCAACAUCUGAACGUGGUAUAGUAUUAGUUGUCCUUCAUUAACGUGUCGUUGUUAUUCAUAUUUGUAUGAAGGUGGGUCAUGUUUAAAUAAUAAGCGGCAGAUUAUGAAGUAAACUAAAUCAUGUGUAGUAUGUAUGCAUAAAAACAAAAGGGGGCAUAAUCUAUAACCAUUGUUUUGCCAGCUGAAAAAUGCAGAUUAUACGUAGGUCAAAUAAUGUAAGACUUUGGCAUGAAGUGGUUGUGCAGCAGGAUCUGUACUUAGAAUCAAUUUAUCAUGAAACUCUAGGAAACAGAGUUCCCAGUAUAGCUAACUAAUGUGCUAUUAACUUGUAUUUUAUUCCUUUUUUUUUCCUUAGGAAAAGAAUCUUCAAAUAAUGGAGAGAGGAUUGCUUCUGUUAAAAAGUCACAUUGAAAGCUUUAAAAGGAGGUUUGUGUGCUCAGCUACAUGUGGGUCAUAUUUGAACACCUUUGUGGGAAUUUGAAUCCCCGUGACAGGUCCCACACUGGAGGAAUUAUUUUAGAAGUACCCUAGAAUGUUUCCAUGCGGAAUAUUUCGAGUUAGUUUGACAACAGUGUUUCAAGUUCUAUUUUUUCGUUUGUGUGUAGUAAAAUUUUUAUGACGUUUCUGAUUCCUGUUGCAUUGUUGUGUGGCACACAAAUGGCAGUCAGUGUGUGAUAAGAGAGAAAUCGUUUUUCACCUCGUAUUACUUAUAGUUAGGGGUAGUUAGGGGCAUUGUAAUAUUAAAGAGGGAAGGUCAGAAACAGAAAACCGAAACCCAUCAGUCCUCUUGGAAAAGGUUCCAUCCACUUGUUUACUGAUUUAUAUGAAGUUGUGUGGGCAAAUAACUGGCUCUGCAAAUCUCUUUUAUUUUUUGAAAGGACAAAUGUUUUAGCAGGGCACUGUUUUAGUUGGAAAACCGUAUAGGUUGUUGGGCAUACAUUGUACAUAUUUUUGACUUGUUUUAAUUUCUUCAAGCACCUCAGCUACAAACUAAUAGUGUUAAGCACUUGAUCUUCUCGGUGACCAUGUCCUACAGGAUUUUGUUGGACUUAGGCAAAUUUCAGUCGGAUAUUGUCUGAUAACUGACUGUUGUUUUACAGUCCUGUGCGGUAACACUUGUUGAUUGUUCACUUGUGUUUUACCUUGCAGGUUUGCUUUUCAUUUGCGACUCUGGUGGCUUGAAGGACGGGGAAUCACUUGUCACCAGCAGAUUCUUCAGAGGCCUUCAGAAAAACAUUACCCAAUCAGGGUGAUGUGUCAGCCGGCUGGUCUCUCAGAUAAGGUAUUUCUUCUUUAGGUCAGGUGUGGUCAACUUACUAAUUUAGUGGAAGAACUGUACAGGAAGUAAUUGAUUUUUGCUCGGACUAAUUUGGUGGAAGGACUGUACAGGAAGUAGUUAUUGAUUGUUGCUCGGAGUCUACUUGUUGUCGUUACAUACCAACCAAAAUCUACUGUAUCUAGUUAUUGUUAUGUUUUACCAUUUGGGUUUACCAUCUCCCUAACAUUAUUCCAACAUCCACACUAGUACUUCACACUGCUUAUUUACCUAUGUCAUUAUUUUCUCUGAAUUGUUUUCUUUGAUGAUUUAGGGUACAUUUGAGAUGAAUUCUUCAGAUCUUGUAGCUGAUCUUCGAGCAGAAGUGACAUUUUGGUGUAAACAGCUGCAGGAAAAGUUAAAGAAGGAAAGUCGACUAGGAGAUGGUUCAACUCAGCAUGCACCCCUCGCACCCUUCUCGCCUCAACUCCGUCCACCUUUUAGACUCAUAUCUCAGGGGCAUGAACUUACCCCUGACUUAGAUGAAAAGAGUCUUGCUGAAGUGGGCUUUAAAGACUUACAGGUACCACUGGUUCUUGAAUAACUACUCGAAAACGUUCACAUGACUUCAAAAUACCCAACAGUUUAAGUCACGUAUUGUUAAUUUAAAUAAUAUACUUUGUUGAAUGCCGUGGGAAAAUGCAGACUUUGCAAUAAUGUUAAUGUUCACACAGAAGUAUGAGAUUUACACCCCUCGAAACAGGUAAAAGACAACGAACUUAAAAGAACUCCUUCAAAAAGUGUUGCUAAGUGGGUUGUAUCUGCGUUUUGUCGGUUUAGGGUGACUUUUCCAUCACUUCAAUUGUUUGCGAUCUUUUUGACAUCAAUUAGAACUUUUUAAAAAAACUUUUGUUCAAAAGUUUUCUUCUAACUGCGUGUUCUAAAGAAUGUGUGUUGGAUUAUACUGAAACUAUUGAAAUGACAAUUCCCCAACGCGCCACUUGUCUGUUGCGUGUCUUUGUACGAAGGUCUGAAAAUGGUAGCUGGGUAAUGGGAAGAACGUUACCCUUUUUCUGCUAUGAUUUGCGCAACAUGAAUGUGAAAUAGAUGUUGAACGAAGGUUGAAACUGUCUCAGUGGGUCUUUGGAUGCUCUUUCAGAUAGAUUUUGUUACAAUAUUUUAGUGCAGGCCAUUAUAGUUCAUUUGUAGUUAGCUGCUUUGGAAAGGCGUCGUUGAAAAGGAAACUUACUGUACAGUCAGAGUCUGACAGUGUAGAUGCCGUGGGUAAAUUUGACUAGUAUUCAACCUGCAAGGGUUAGCUUUUUGUUAGGGGUCUUAUCCUGGAAAUCUAGAAAGAAUACUGGUGCAACGUGAUUGUUUCUUCUGUUUUACAGCUGGUUUUUGUGUCCGUCGGAGCUGUGAGGAAAGAGAGACAUCAUGACAGUGGCUUUAUUCCCUCCUCGUCUCUUCCAACACCCGAGUGGGAAUCUACACCUAUGAUUAUUCUCCUACAAGAACAAUACUUUGAACAACUGUUUGGCUUCUUGGAAGCUUUAGAUAAGUUUGUGACCUCAAGAAGUAACACGGCAAAUAUUUCAAUUCCUGAUCCAUCAACAACACCAGAAAUGUCGCAAGAGACAGUUACUGCUGGAAAGGUCUCGGAAUCGGCUUUUCAUAGUACCAAAGUACCUUUGCUUCCACUGAUGGAAAGUCGGUUUGAAUUUCUCUGUGGGAUUACUUGGGAACUUUUAUUUCUUUUACCUACAAACCAGUCAAUUUUAAACAAACUGAGAUAUUUUGAUAAAGGUUUGACGACAGACUCGAAAGGUGUAGAGAGUGAAAGUUACUCGGAUCAGAGAACAGACGAGAGAGGUCAAUCAAAGGGUAGUAUAUGGGAAUCAUUAUUGGACCCAAACUUUCCCCACAAACUGUUGUAUUCUCUUCAAGUUAUAGACUUGAUACAUAACUCGUCAAAGGAGACUCAAACGCAGUCUUCACCAACUUAUUCUAGGCUUAGUAGUGAUUCUGAAAUCUCAGAUAAUGACGAAGAGAAAGAGGUUGCGGCGCCACAGACCGCUGCUCCCUCUUGGGGAUCUAAUUUUAUUGAAUUGGGGGGACUUGAACACUUGUAUCGAAUCCUAAUGUCAGGCUGUUUGGAAACCAAAGGAAGCUCGUUUUGGACUCAGUGGCAUCAGGAAUGUCUCGCGCACUCGUUAAAACUUAUUUGCGAGUUUGGAACAAUGAAACUUAACAAAGACGAUGAUGAUGAUGUUUUUGCGUCAUCAGAAAGUGAGAUAAAGAAGUUACAAAUUCAGAGGAAAGAUGGCCAGUUUCGUGUAAGAUACAAAAGUACUGACAAAGAGGAGGUUAUAUGCAUCAAAUGCUUGUCCUCCAAUCUUAUGUCCAUUCUGAAUGUGAACUCACUGCUAGAGAAACUUCUUCACAUUUCUUAUCAAGCAACAUUGCCUAUUCAUGGUGGUCAAAGCAGAGCUAGUGGAGAUGGUAAGUGUUUUUGGUCUUGUCCUGUAUUUUUAUCCAGAUGGGUGUGGACGGGGCCUUCGGGGGUACUUUCUUAUAAGAGGCUAAUGGGGAUGUGCUUCUGGAUGGGGUUGCGUUUUCCAUUUUCAGUAGAGUUGGGGUAAGAACGUUCUUCACACUUACGGUUAGCAAACGUACCAGAAUGUUUGUGCUGUAGGUUAAAGUAAAGUGUUCUUCAUUCAUUUUAAAAAAUGUGUCAAUUCAUUUUAGGAUGAUCUAUAUAAAGGGUUGAUAAAUCGUAGAUACAUUAAUAGAAAGUGACUAAGUUGGGAUCGCGAAAUCUACAUUUGCCCAAAAGUGACUAAGAUGGGGUCUAUAAUGGGCCAUUGAAUAGACUACAAUGGGGUAGGGGCUCUGAGAGGCCGGCGGCACAUACCCAGCAAUAAUUAACCCAAGGACUCCCCCCCUCCCCGGGGGGCAUUAAGGAGGGCCUUAAACCGCUCUGGAGAGCGGUUUUAAAACAAUGCGAUUUCGGUGUCCGGAUUCUCUGGUUUCGUGUGGACGGAAGGCGCAUUCGUGUUAAAAAAAAGUAUUCAGACUCAAAAAUAUCGGGAUUCGUAUGGGCGUCGCCUUAGCCAGACACAGUUCCUUUCAUGAAACAGAAAUUAUCCAAAGCUCGGUUUCAGUAAUAACCAGUGGCGGAUCCAGGGGGGCCCGGCCCGACCCCCCCACGACCAUAAUUUUUGACCAAACUGAGGCCCCAAGAGCCGAAUUUUUUUUUUUGGAGGCCGGCCCCCUCCCCCCUCCUUUAUCUCAGGGUCAGGAGGACCGGGUCUCUCCCUUAUCUGAAGGUUUGGUGUGGAUUUACCGAGCACUUUACGACUUACGCUUAUUGCUACUCAUUUCUUCAUUUCCUGUUUAUUACUGUCUUGUCAAGUUGUUCAUCACGCUGUGUCCCUGCUUGUGUCUGCUGCCUUUACUGAUGGGACUGUAAGAAGCUCCCUUCUCCAACAAAGCAACUUCAAACCCUGGCUCCAACAGCUGGUGCUUUUAGCCAAAGAGGUAACACUUACAUUGUUUGCUCGUCGAAAAACGUGUGAAAUCGUCCGCCAGAGCUACCAUGCCGUCUGCUGUCCCUUUUUCGGCCGAUUGUCAAUGCGAUGAACUUCAAUGAUUCUGAUAGCGGUGAAUGUCAUACAAAUUUCAUUGGAGGGGAACGUUAAAUAUAUUUUAUGAAUAAUGAUGCAAUGUAUUACUGCUUAUUAUGUCUAGCUCAUAACCUUUUCCCUCCCAAAAGAGCCGAAAGUUUAAUUCAUCAGAAUUUCCUAAUUUGAUAUUCUGAAAUGCUGGAAAUAGAUAGUAUUUUGUCGAGGAAAGGUUUGGCGUUCAUAGUUGCUGAGGCUUUAGGGUGAUGUGACGUUAUUUUUAUUGUCAAAAUCACGGCCAUGUAACUAACAAAGUCAGUUCGCUUGUGUUAUUGCAUUCGGAUUAUAACUAACAUUUUCAUGCAAAUUCAGUUGACGAAGUUGUGCUUCUUUUCACCUCUCUCUUUUUUUUCAGCCAAGUGUGAGAUUUGAAGCCUGCCGUGGACUCUACCGGCUGAGCCUGAUAAAAGAAAACUCCUGCCUGAUACAGCUCAUGGAUGCCUUGCUGGAUUCUCUUCCGUUAGCACAAUCUCUUCAAUCGAAAGAAACUUCUCGAGGAAGAAGGCAAGAGCCGAAUGCACGAGAGUACUUUUCAAUACUCUGUAGGCUUGUGGAUGGUUUACCAACAGCGGAGGGGGGUGAAAAGGUACAAUUGAUGUAAUAUAUCAAGCAUGCAUCGCAGUACUUGAUCUCCAGAUGAAACACCGAGAAGAGAGUUGAAAAUGCGACUCGCAGCGGAGUAUUUUUGACAAACUUCGAGGUGUUUCAUCUGGUAAUGAAACACUGUGUCGAAUGCUCGAUAUUACUUCUCAAACAAAAGGAUUUUAGAUGGAGAAAUUAAGGGUGCAAAAAUGAGCAGUCUUUUUUAUCUGAUUUUCAAACACUGAUGAAACAUUAAUUUUCUUUGUAUUUUCUUUAUGAAUAAUUUGUGAGUUUGAGUAAUUGUAGGGAAAGACAUAGCUUGAGAAAGCAGCCGACAUUUCCCGACGUCACCUCUCGUUUCCCCACGAAAUUGAAUCUGAGGAACGAGAGCAGAAAUUCCAUACCGAUGACGUGUCACUAGCCAGAUCUGGGUUCUCAUUGGUUGAAGCAAAUUUCACUCGCGGAUCGACCAAUCAGAAGCACCGUCCAGAUCUGGGUUGUGACACGUCAUCAGUAUGGAAUUUUAUGGGCUCGUUCCUCAAACGUCAUUUUGCGGGAAACCAGCGGUGGCGUCGUUUAAUGUCGGUAGAGUUGACUUUGAUUUUUUAGAGUUUGGUUAUUUAGCCUUUAAUCUGCUCUUUUUCUUAUCAGGACCAUGAUGUUGACCUGGAUUGUUUAGCCAAAUUGCUUGCUAGUUAUAUAAGAAGCAUGUAAGUAGUAUUUUCAGUUAUGUUUUAAAUGUGACUAACUUGUAAUUUCGGCACGGUUAACCUCGACACAUCACUAGAGGGUCAGCGGUUGAGCUCCAGGCAGGCAGGGGCGUGCGGGGUGGCCACCUGGUCUGCAGGGGCUUAAAUGUGGAUGCAUAUCUCUGGUCUGCCUUGCUUUGCUCUGCUGAUCUUUCCGGAUCAUUGCAAUUCACGACCUGUGAUAUCUGCUGGUUUCCGCUCCCACUCUUCCCACCCCUGAAUAGGUAAGUAUGCGUUGUGGUAAGUAUUCCACUGAACUCUUUCAGUGCGACGGUACCCGGUGGUUGGCGCUGGCUUGGUUGCCAUGGUUACCUUCAAGACAUUGCUCCCCUUUUGCGCUACAGGUCCUUCCACCUUUAAGGCACCCGCUCCACAGCUCAUCUUGCCGAUGACAAGAUAGUAAACUCGUGGAACCUGUACUUUGUUUAACUCAUGUAGUGAUCAUACCUUUUUUUACAGCCAACCCAGCACCAAACAGCCAUAUGGAAGCUAUGAAAAUGAAGGUCUGAGUGGCAUGUUAAAGCUGUGUACGGCUGUUAUGAGACACGAUCCUUCGUUCAAGAUGUCUCCAGCAGGGCUGGUUAGUGACCCGUGUAAUCAUAAUAUAUAGAUUUAGCCAGGGCUAAAAGCGACGCUAUCGUUACUAUACUUAUAAUCUAGUCACAAAAAAAUAAAAUCGUGUAAUGCGAAACGGCGAAGGCAUUGAGAACGGCAAAAAAAAAAAACAAACAAACAAACAAGAAAAAGGAAAAGAAGAAAAAAAAAGGAACAACAACAACAACAAUAGGCCUAAUUAGCAAAAAAACAACAUUUUACAUUUUGCAGACAAAUGUGCUCAAAAAUAAAUAAAAACUUACUAAUUUUUCGUAUGAUAUAUAAGUGGAAGAGGGUUGCUUAUCCACUACCUCCUAAAAGUGUCAGGAAAAUUUUGAUGACAUCACUCGCGCGUUUCCUCGGCAGUUCACCUUAUUGACUAUCUCAGCCAUUCAUCUUUCCAUUUCCUGUGAGUAUAUAUGCAGAACCCCACACGUCCUUGCUUUCCAGCCUUCAAAUGGGUCACCCAAAGAAAGUACAAUGCAAUUUAGAAUUAAAACCUACUUUUCCAUUCAGUUUGCAGUUCAAAUAUAAAGCAUAAAAUACAGGGACGUGUUAACUUUGUGAUCACGACUCAGUGUGUUUUCUUUUUUCUUUGUUUUCAGGAAUUUCUGCGUGAUGUAUUCCAUUCCUGUUUGUUUUCGCUUCCAGAGGACUGUUGUGAUCAGAGAGAUUUACCUCUCUGCAAAUCCAAGGUACUGUUCUGAGCAAAAUUAAGGUUUUAAAAAGCAAAAAAAAAAACAACAACAAACAAACAAACAAACAAAACAAAACGAAAUAAAUAAUUAAAAAAAAAAAACGGAGACCAUUGACUGACGUGGACCAGUGUGCACCAAUCUGAGAAAUGUUUUAGUUGCUUAGCAGAAUGACUUACGAAGGAGCCGAACUUUUAGAGUUCGUUAAAUUUUACUCUUUUCUGGCGUUUUGAGUGAGACAAAAUUGUGAAAAAGCAACAAUGUACAGCAUGUAGAGGAAUACCGAUUUAACGGUGGUUCUUUUUUAUUCAUCUUUGUUUAUUAUUUUGUGUUAUUAGUUGGCCAGGAGUGCUGCAUUUGAUCUUCUCUUGGAGAUGGCUAGAGGCUGCAAAGAAAACUUCCUUGAAAUUCAGAAAUUGUUGUUGAAACAUCAUAGUGCUGGUGAGAGAUUGCUACCUUGCGUUACUCGCGUUACUAGUGUACAGCUCUGAAUACGCUGGUCUUUUAAGUCAUAACUUCACAAAAUGACAAUUUCCGUCUGUUUCAUACAGGGCGAAAAAUGUAAACAAGGAUUGGCCUAUAGCCUUCUUUAUUGUUUUUAAGGGUGUUACUUUAUUUUUACAUAGAUGGUAAAAAGAAGUCCUCUUAUGGCUGGCACUAUUGGCCUCAUGACAAUGGCCGUUCGCCGUGUGGGCUGGUUGGGAUGAUCAAUUUAGGAGCCACCUGUUACAUGGCCUCUUGUAUGCAACAGCUUUACAUGAUGCCUCAAGCCAGGGCUGCCAUUCUUAACUCAAGGGUUUGUAGUCUUUCAUUGAUUUACAAGUAAGAAAGUACAUUGUUGUAUUGAAGCAUACGUGAGCGCUCCCUCUCGUUCUCAAUUGAAAUCAAUGAUGCAUGUUCAACAAUUAAUAAGUAAGAUAACCCUUGAUUCACAUCCGCUUACUAUUGAAGUGCCGAUGCCCACGAUUUUGUGCCCUCCUACCUUGUCUGAUGUUGACUCUUUGUGGCCAACCAUAGCAUACACUUGUUUUCUUUUGAACGUUUUAAAAUGUGCUUUAUCAACGUAAUUGAGUCAUUAAUUUUAUUUAUGGGAGGAAUGGAAUCCCGGGUUUAUAGGUGCUCAGCUACUUUUGUUUAGGACUUACAAUGUCUUAGCGCAAACAGUCUUAAUGAAGAGCACCUUAAACGUUCCAUGUUUUCCCAAGUUCCUAUAUACGUUAUUCAAAUAAUGUUCUACAGGUUCUCCUAGUACAUGCUUUCAUGCCUUGCUCUAAAGGCCAUUCUUCAGUAACUUUCUCCUUGUUCACUUCUCAGAUCAGCAGUGAUGUAAAACACGAGGUUCUCUUGCGUGAAAUGCAAAGAAUGUUCUGCUUUUUAAUGGUUAGUCCUUUAUUUGGUCGUUUAAUCAAAACUACUUUCAAAUCCAGAGUGUCCAUGAACAACGUUCUCGUUUUCGUAGCCCGGUUAGUAACGUCUGCGAACAGCGGCGAGGCCCUUGUUCUGGGCCCUCGACGGACUCAACGAAUUACCUGAAGUGCGGUUUGAUUUCCCUUCGACCUAAUUGGCAAGUCGGCAAUGGCUUUUUUAACAGGCCAAUCAUGGCCCUUACUCAAAUCCUGGUACACAGCUGAGCUGAAGGCCCAGAACAAGGAUUUUGGCACUGGCUCGCAGACGGACUUACCAGAGGUUUGGUUUUGUCUGUGGCGAUGGCUAUAGUUGCCCGUCACCGUCGUAACAUCUUUAACUUCCCUAUUAUAGCAUUUAAGACCUUUUGACCCCUGCUUUAGUGGCUGUUACCGUCCUGGAGAGGUGGCCGAUAUAGAGAGUGUCAAAAGAAGAGCGAGUGUACGAACUGUUUGCUGGGGCAUGAAACGUGGCCCGCCAAAGUGAAAAAAUGGUCAUCAGAGGUUCGACAGAAACAUAAGGCAAUAUGUAAUGUAAGAUUUAGUUGAUAUCGGGGAUAAAAUACUAGUAUUCGAAGGGGUGUUGCAUUCAGGUUUAAACCUCGGAUCAUUUCCAAGUCGAUUUAUACUUGAAAAAACACAAGCCAAGACGCUACGAAUUUAUGGAACAUCUUGAAAACUAGAAACCUUUGUAUCUGACUAUCGUGCGUUCUUCUCUGCCUCCCAGGCCAGCGAGAGAAAGGCUUAUAACCCAAAAACAUUCUGUCGGACAUACACGAUGGAUAAACAGCCACUGAACACUGGAGAACAGAAAGACAUGACGGAAUUCUUCACUGAUCUGAUCGGCAAAAUAGAAGAAAUGUCUUCUGUACUGGUGAGAAAGCUCUGCGUUGUAAAGCCCCAUGGAAACGAACGCAACAUUGUUGGCCAACGACUCCAAACAUUAUUGGGUGUUACAUGUUGCGUCCGUUUGCACACUCUGUUGCAAAUUGUUGCGUGUUGUUGGGAGUUGUUGCUCAAAACUUGAAACUGGUCAAACUUUUGAGACAAUACCUUCCAACAUUUCUUUAGUUUCGUGAUCACCGAAGUUUAGCGCAACAAUUUUGGAUGUGCUUGCAUAGCUCUUCCAACAUUGUUGGGACCACGUAUGCGCAUUACACAUGGUCUCUUAAGUCUUAUGGGUUGUAUCCUUCCCACAAUGCUCUGCAGGUCCCAACAUUGUUGGGAGUUGUUGCAUCUGUUUGCACACCACCACUGCCAACACGCAUGCAACAACUUCGAACAUUGUUGGCGCAACAAUGUUGGGAGUUGCCGCGUUCGUUUGCACGUAGCUUAAUGAUCAGUUAGUAGAUUGUCUUGAUACUGUGAUGAGAAUUGAUGAAGGCAAGGGUAGGUGUAAGGGGAACACAGGUGGUUCAGUGGUGAGAGCACUCGCCUCCCACCAAUGUGGCCCAGGUUCAAAUUUUGACGUCGACGUCGACGUUGAUGGGUUUGGUUUGUUGUUGGUUCUCUUCCUGGUUUUUCUCCUGGUACUCCGGUUUUCCCCUCGUCUCAAAAAUCAACGCUUCCAAAUUCCUAUUUGUUCUGGAACGCAUGGACACUUUUAAGCGAGUUCUUAAGAACUUCUAACUCCCAUUGUAUUGCAAUUGCAUUACAUUCAGGUAGAUUUGAAACAUGUAUCUUUGUGACAGGCAAAUGAUCUGUGAUACUUACGAGUCACCCUUGUCUAUUAUACUACCUUAAAGCAAAGUCUUUUACUUAUUCGAAUUGAGGUGUGGGGCGGGGAAUAAAAGAGAACAGAAUAAACAAACUUUAUUAAUAUAACCCUAACUCUUUCACUCAAAAGUUAAAAUGUAUAACUUUCCCUUUUCAGAAAGUGUUGGUGAGAGAUUUGUUCUGUGGGGAAAUUAGCAACAAUGUUGUUUCACUGGUAAGAAAUCACUGACGAGAGUGCAACUUAAACUUUUCCUUUUCUAGUCUUGAUGAUAAUAAUAUUGUUGCAAAUUGACGGUCUUUUGCAACGAGGAUAAUUGCCUACAGAAUUGAGUAUUUUGAAAUACCAAACAGUAUGUUUAUUUAUCCUUUUUUUGUGUCCAUUUAGGAUUGUUCUCAUGUUAGUAAAACAAGCGAAGAGUUUUAUUCAGUCAGAUGCACUGUCGCAGACAUGAAAAGUCUUUAUGUGAGUUUGAAUUGCAAUUCGCCACCCAAGAAACGAAAGGAAAAUUGGCCGAGUGAACUUUUGGAAAGGCUUCUGGGACUGUUUUUAAGUACAAGGGAAAAAAUGGCCAAUAGCUGAGCGGCGCAUUCCUAGCAACGAUCCCAGAAGUCUUUGCGAAAGCUAACUCGGACCAGUUUCCUUCUCGGUUCUUAAGUGUUGAAUUGAAGAGUAGACCUGUAAAAAUGUUCUUGGUGUUUGCCGCACAUUUAUAUUUUUGGCGAACUACAGCGGAACAAUGCGCCAAAUUUUUCUUUUCCCUUAAGUCCCCGAAUUCAAGUCCCGCGCUAAGCGCUACAUGGAUUUGUCCUCGGUAGUCCCGAGUUCAGAUCCUCGGUCACGCUUGGAAAAUAGCCAACUUGUUCGCCUCCAGCCAGUUGGGAUUCUUAACUUUGUUAUCUUCCGUUAUGUCCCCAUACGGGGAGAGGAUAACUUAGUAUUUUUUUUAUGGGUGGGGGGAGGGGUAGGGGUGGGAGGAGGGGUGGGGGAUAAUCUGGGGGAAGCGGAAGAGUUUCUUAACAUUGAUAUGAACGUGGCUCUUUUUUUCUUCUUUUCGGUGUGAAGGAAUCCCUCGAUGAAGUGACCAUCAAAGAUACUCUAGAUGGUGACAAUAUGUACACAUGCUCUCAGUGUGGAAAGAAAGUCCGGGCAGAAAAACGGUGAGGAGCAGUUUCGUCAAGUCUAGAGUUUUUUUUCCUCUUGAGAGGUCAUGGCAAUUUCCACUCUUUCAUGUAUAGCCCAUAAAACGUAGGUAACAGGGGAAAUAUUUGACUGUCUAACUUGAGUAAAUUUAAUUCAAUUUUAUUCAAUAGUCCAAGUUUGAAAAAUAUUUUUUAAAAAAACAUUGCAAUGAAUUUUUAAAAAUGGAGUACAUUGAAGCUGUCACAAGAGAUUUCUUCUGAAAUUCACCAAAACAUUUGCUGCACAACAAUCGAAUUAUCUGGUAAAAGCUUCGAUUUAUUACCCUGUUUUCACGCGUUAAAUGUAUGUACGUACGCGAGAAAGCGUUUCUUUUGGCAUUGAGCCGAGAUUCUAUUGUCUGUUUUUGUUGUUUGUCCCAUGUUAGGGCGUGUUUUAAAGUUCUUCCUCGUAUCCUAUGCUUCAACACGAUGCGCUAUGCAUUCAACAUGGUGACCAUGAUGAAGGAGAAGGUAAACACACACUUUUCCUUUCCACUGCAACUAAAUAUGGCUCCGUACACUGAAGAUUUUCUGAUGGGAGACCAACAAGAUCAAGGUAUUGAAACAUGCAAUUUCGUCGUUUUAGUACUCGUCGUAUUAAAUGUCUUGGGGAGCAAUCUUAGCGCAGUGGUGAGAGCACUUGUCUCCCACCAGUGUGGUCCGUGUUCAGAUCCCAGCAUCGACGCCUUAUGUGGGUUGAGUUUGUUGUUUGUUCUCUUCCUUGCUCCGAGAGGUUUUUCUUCGGGUACUCCGGUUUUCCCCUCUUCUCAGAAACCAACAUUUCCAAAAAACAAUUCGACCAGGAUCAGGUAGACGAAGAACCGCGUAGAGGAUGUGCUACUUCUUCAAAUCGUUAUUUAUUAUUUAUUUGACCUUUCCAAGGUCGAUGUAAGUAUUGUUCGCCAAUUCAUGAAUUUAGACUUUUAAUUGUACUUUUGACGGUCUGGAUUUAAUUAUUUUUCAUUUAACAAAUGAAAGCCUUACAAACGUCGAUGCUGGUGACGGCAUUGUUCUUGUAGUUGUCGAACCAGUCUUAAGUAGAUUUCUAAUUGCGUCUUUCGGCAAAAUUUCCAGGGCCUUAAAUAGAUUACCUUCCAACUAAGGAGCUGUGUGUUUUGUUUUUUUCGGAGGGGUGGGGGGAAGGGAAAGGGUAGUGUGCGAUUUUGUGGCACAGUGGUGUAACCGUCCCUCUGUCGUGUAAUCGAUCCCGGGAUCGAGUCCCAGCUACGGGAUGUUGAUUUCCCCUUUAGUUGUUAUUUUUUCCCUUUUUUUCCCAUUUAUUUCCUUUUCCAAUUUUUUUCCAUUUUCCUUUCCCUUUAGCUGGGCGAGGAUCGGUGUGACGCCUAUUUGUUUUCUUGAUUGUGUUCUCUUUCGUUAGAUCCUCAGCAGGAUCUCAGUUACUGGUACCAGUUGAUUGGAGUCGUCGUUCACACGGGUACAGCAGAGGGGGGACAUUACUACAGCUUCAUCCGUGACCGCUCCUCCCCACAGGGGCGUGAUCAGUGGUUCCUGUUCAAUGACGCUGAAGUGAAGCCUUUUGAUCCUGCUCAGAUAGGUUCGGAGUGUUUUGGGGGCGAAAUGACGGUCAGUUCAACAACCGCCUGUCAAGAAGCCUGAGAAAACACCCGACAUUUUGGCACGCCACCACUUGUUUCCAAGAAAAACGACGUCUGAGGAACGAGCAUAGAAGUUCCAUGCUGAUGACGUGUCACUACCUAGAUCUGGGUAGAGCUUCUGAUUGGUUGAAACAAAUUUUCCUUGCGGCACGACCAAUCAGAAGCACUACCUAGAUCUGGAUAGUGAUACGUCAUCAGUAUGGAAUCUCUGCAGUCGUUCUUCAGACUUAAUUUCGCGGGGAAACCAGUGGUGGGGUCGCGGAAUGACGGCUGCAUUCUCAGGUUACCUGUCGUGAGUGUGUAAGCUCAACAAUCUUUCCGUUCCGUAUUUAAGAACUGUUUAGUUAAACAUGGCAUGAAAUUGUUUCGUUCAUAAAAGCUGCUUACUGUUUUUAGUUAAUUGUAAAUUUAGUGCAAAUUACAAAACAUGUUGAGAGGACAUUUCCAAGUUUCCCCGGGCCUCUGUAUCAAAACGAGGUUAAGUGCUCGGCCUUUGAUAUGGAAAUGAUUUUUCAUUCUCACAUGCAAGUAAAACAUAUUUUCACAAGAAAGGCUGUGCACUUGGCCUCAUUUUGAAAGUAAGGGUUUUUGGAACUCGGAAGUGGCCUGUUUCAUUUGAAUCCUGUGUAAAAGCCUGUAUUUCAGUUUUCUCUGUCUGUUUUUUAUAUUUUUUUAAAAAUCUGGUUUAGUUAAACAUUUUAAGUCGGUGUGAAUGGGGCAUUAGUUAUUUUUGUUUUGCAACCACGUGACGUGGCGGUGGCGGCCAUGUUGGUGAUCAAUACAAUAAAAAUUAUUUCAAAGAAUUUACUUGAAAAUGGAGUUUAGUUCUCAGAGGAUAUAAAUGUUUCUGUUCUUGACCACCAACGUGGCUGCCAUGAUUUCACGUGCAAACCAGCAAUAAUUAUGUGUAUUUUUGCUUCUCGCAUCAGACCAAGACCUACGACGCCGUGACAGAGAAGUUCAUGGACUUUUCCUUUGAGAAGACACACAGUGCUUACAUGCUGUUCUACGAACGCUGUGAUCCGAGCAAGAAAGAUCUUCUGUCUGAAACACCCAACAUUGAGUUAAAUCAAGAGCUGGCAGACUGGAUUUGGCAUGAUAACAUUCAGUUCUUGCACGACAAGCACGUCUUUGAUACAACGUACUUCAAUUUCAUGUGGCUUAUAUGCAGUAAUAUUCCGCCCUCGUUGCCAGAGUGCAAGGACGUUAUGUUGUCAAAUGUCAAAUUAGGUAGGUAUGGGGAGUGGGAGCAGAAACCGGCAGAUAUCUUAAGUCGUGAAUUCGCAAUGACCGGCAGAGAUCAGCAAAGCAAAACGGGCAAGGCUUAGUGAUGAAAUCACAUGUAAACCCAGCGUCUACCCGGCACAAGCCUGCCUGCAUGGGGUUCAAUCGCUGACCCUCUAGUGUUGUCUCUAGGUUAACCUUUACCUUCCCUAAAUUACAAUUUAGCCACGUUAAAUGCAUUUCUUGUUGCAGGGACGUCAUUCUUGCUGGAAACUUUAGUCCACGCCAAAGAGAAGCUUCUGAUAAAGAAUUGGGCUGACCUUUUGCUGUCGCAGUAUGAGCAGUCUUCGCUGGUUUGUCAGUGGCUCCUAGAAACACUGACAUCUGAAGAAUGGCUACUUCAGCUUCUGGUCAAGUGUCCGAUACAGAGUAUACGGCAUGUAAGUUGAAAAAAGUCCUUGUCUGUUUAGGAGGUAAAUUUUCUUCCAGAUGGUUCUAAGGUAGAGAUUAUUGCCUAAGCCUAAAAUUGAUUGUCGUGAAGUCAUGGCUUGCGCCACAGACGGAAAUUAAGUUCUGGUUAAGUCUGUCUGCAAAACAGCGCCGAAAUCCUUGUUCUUGGCCCCCACAUCAUGUACCAGGAUUUGAGUACGCGCCAUGAUUGGUCUGUUAAAAAAGCCAAUCAGCUUGAAGGGAAAUUCAAAACGCAUUUCCCGGUAAUUCGUUGUGUCCGUUACUUACCUGGAAUAGAUUACGCCUGCGACGAGGCUCUGAGAUCAGAGCUACAAUUAACAUUCCGUCAUCGGAAAAUGUGCGACGAAGUCUUAACUGUGGUCACAUAUGAUGCCCGGACAAAGUUAAUCCUUGUCUGAGAAAACAGCCAACACUUUGUACGCUACCACUGGUUUCCUCGGGAAAUGAAGUACAAGGAACUUGCGAAGAAAUUUCAUUCUGAUGAUGUGUCACUACCCAAAUCUUGGCCUUGCUUCUGAUUGGUUGUUGCUUCCUUUAGCCAAUCAGUAGCGCUACCCAGAUCUUGAUAGUGACGCAUCAUCAGUAAGGAAUUUCAGCGCUCGUUUCUCAGACGUCAUUUCGCGGGGGAACCAGUGGUAGCGCGCCAAAUGCCCGCUGUUUUCGCGGGCAAAGUUUAUCCCAGAGACUGUGGUUCAGAUGAUUUAAAUUUACCUUGAGUGCCUGUUGAUUGUCGUAGCAACAAAAUAAAAUUGUAACAGCGAAUACAUGGCGGUGGUCAGUCUACAUGUGGAUGCCGUGGUUACUAUGCACAAUUUUCGUUAAAGGUACAUAAUGCGUCUUUGUCUGAGUUCUAUCAAUUUUGUUUUGACCCACCAAAUAGGCCAAAAUUGGUAUAUUAAAAUUCAGCGCGAUAGCGGCUCUUAGAGGACAGUCUGAUAGAAAAUGAAUUAACCAUGUCUAUUCAAUUUCUUUGUUUGUGACCUCUAAAGUGUCUUUUUGGAGACUUAGCUGGAGGGGAAAAAACUGAAUGGUACUGAUUUUUGAAAGUUUUUUAACGUAAAUUCUUUUAUUUGUAGAUGCUUGGUCGACUUUGUCUUGAUGUUAUUCAGAUUCUCAGGCCUUUGUAUGCGACCAAAAAGAGUGGGUAAGUCAAGAAAACAAAAAUGUUACUAAGGUUAUAGCUAAUAAUCAUGAAGUAAUCGUGUUACGUGCCUUGCAGUAAGAAAGCAAAAUACCCUGACUUCAUUUCAGUUUGUGCGAACUUGAAAUUCUCCAUGAUAGUGUAAUGGGUACAAGCUUUCAGAGCAACCGCCAUCGAUUUGCGGGAUCGUUUGGGUGGACAAGCGUUACUUAUAAUUGGUUAAUGGUUGCCUUGAAUACUAGCGACCAAUCAUAACUGACGCUUGUCCACCCAAGCGAUCCCAGAAAUCACCGCACCGCAUUUACCCAUUCUCCUCAGUGUAUCUAUAGUCAUGGAAAAUGGAAUUCUACCCUUAUGGUAAGAAAUUACCCUUAAGGUAGAAAUUGCUAAAAUCAGAACGACUCAAAACAAUAAUAUGAGGUACAAGUAGCAUUAACCGCUUGGCGAAUAAAAGUCUAGAUUCCUUAAAUAUUGACGAUAUGGAAGAAUUUGUUUGUCAGAUUUUUCUUUGUGUUUAGUGUUCAAGGAGGGACGGUACCGGGUUGAGCCCCCAAUCUUUCAGAAAAUGUGUUAGCCUGAGAAAAGGGCCGACGUUUCGCGACGCGACCACUGAAUUCCCUAGGAAAUGACGUCUGAAGAACGAGCGCAGAAAUUCUAUACUGAUAACGUUUCACUACCGUGAUCUGGGUAGUGCUUCUGAUUGGUCGUGCAGCGAUAAAAAUUUGCUUCAACCAGUCAUGACCUCUAGCGGGAUCUAGGUAGUGACAUGUCAUUAGUAUGAAUUUCUGUAGUCGUUCUUCAGAUGUCGUUUUGUGGGGAAAAGGUGGUGAAGUCGUAAAAUGAAAUAAAAUGGUUGGGUUGUAAGGUUUAUUUCUUUGUCUUGUUUUGUUUUGUUUUGUUUUGUUUCUCUUCUUCUUCUUUUUUUUUUUUUUUUUUAGGGGGGGGGGGGGGGAAUACCUUAAGACACUCUAAAUUGUUCUGGUAGUAAGUAAUCAAAUGUCUGUUAGCUGGCAGCUAUGGCUCCGUUGGCAGGUAGACAGCCAAUUCUUAUUAUUUUUUUUAUCAGGGAUGACGGUGGCGAAGACGCAGAGACAGCAUACUUUGCUAAUGUGUGUGGUUUUGUCAAAGCUGUUUUUAGACUGGUAAGUUGGCACUUGAUCCUGUAGUAUGGAAUCGAAACGUAACCGUUUGCCGUAAUGCAAAUAUCUUCGAAAUGCUUUGUGUCGCUACAACCACUUGCAAAAAUGUUGAGACACUCCCACGGAAAAACGACCUUUCUUGCUUCAAGUCGCUCCUGGUCACAGGUCUGUAAGAUAUAAUACGGACCUCCCUCCUCCCUCCCAUUCAAAGUUGUUCCUCCAAGUUUUGAGUAUGGUCUUGUAUUGCUAGCAACUUUGAUAAGGGGUGGAGGGGGGAUCACAAGCACAAGAUCAUGGACAGGCCAUUUAUGCCAAAAUACGGUACAGUGUCUCAAGUACUUUUGCAACUGGUUGUAGCAUUCAUUUAAAUUCGACCAAUUUAGUAAAAUUUGUUUUGCCUCUCCGCGUAGAAGUACUUUUCAUGCUCCUUAAGCAAAAAUACGCACACGGCUAGACCGCUGUUGAAAGAUUGUGAUAAAAUGUGAGAAGUUGCGAUAUAUUAAUAAUGAAUCAAUUUACUUGCACGUAGCGAUAUGGUUUGUGUUUAUCUGUUUGCAGCUUGAGCAAAACAUCAAGGGUUAUGUAAAAAAUCUGUCCGAGGUGUUCUGGUUCAUCAAUCAGUUUGCUGCUUUGGGCAAAGAGGAGGUAAAUAAAAACAAGAUGAGGGCACUAAAAAUAGAAUAAGGCACUUAUGUGCCAAUGUGUUGUAUUUCCUAUUACAUCUUUGCUAAGGUUAUAUUUUGUGGACAAUUUCAUGUAUAAAUUGUAAAGAAAUAGUUGAUUUGUAUGUUGCCGGAUUUUAAUAAGGGUAUAUCUGACUGUCAUUGUUACCGCCGUCAUCAUUAUUAUAAUAGACUUUAAGAUCGAGGUUUAGCCAUCUUCCCGUAAACUGAAAACCGCGGUUUGCGGUUAGCGGUCUCACGUUAACCGUCUGCCCAUAUUUUGGGUACUUAGGAUUUUGGGGAUGGUAGCUCGCGGCUACCAUAUUUUCAUUCAUUCGUUCACUUCUAUUUUAGCUGAGAAGAUGUCUUCAAAAUUACAUUUCUAUCAGAAAUAGCUCAAUAAUUAAUUAGGAGGAAAAAUUCAAUUGUGGGAUUGUGAUGUUUUAGGGUGCCCAAAACCUUGUGGAAAGUUUACCUGUAGAGCAUGGUCUAGCCAUACAAACGUGAACCUCAAACCUGACGACAAGUGGUCACGUGACUUCUUGACGUUCGCGGUUCGCGGUGAUCAUAAUCAUGUUCGUCUUUAUCGUCUUUGCAUGUGUCGUCAUCAUCAUAAUCAACAUCGUCGUUAUAGUCAACUAUAUCCUCAAUGAGUCAUCUUCAUUAUUAUCAUUGAUCAUCUUCACCAUUUAUAAUCAUCAUCAUCACACUAAUCAAAAUAAGUAUCUUUUAGUAUAAGUAUCGUUUUCGCCAUCUGUUUUUAAUUACUGUUGGCUAAUUAUCAGAUUACUAUGUCAUUGCCUCUUAGCGUGAAUUUCUGUUAAAAAUGGAUGCAAUAUCAGUGAUGGUCGGAUUCUAUCUGGGAACAAAAGCAUCUGAACUUGUAAGUACAUACAUGUAUGCAUGUAAUGCAAAUUUUUCCUUCUAGUGUUAAACUUUUUUGUGUACAACUGGCCGCAGUGAAUGGCGUAAACAUUUAAUUUAAACAGGAAAGAAGACCUUCAUAUCUUCAAACAACCGGGUUAUACGGUAUUUUAAAGUACUUUCUGGAUGCUGUUCAAUGGGUUACGAACCUCUUCUUUUCAUUUAUUAGACUAUUCUAUAGAUUGCUGAGGAAUUGUUCACAAUUUGCGUUAACAUCUUUGUAUUAUAGUCAGUACUGUAAUUUGAUGCCAUUAUGUAGCGUUUAGAAUCGCGUAAUUUCAUCAUUUUUGUGAAAAGAGCAGUAAAAAUCAUUAAAUUACAAGAAAGAAAAUCUUCGUGUUACGAUGCCCUUUGUUGUUGUAAAAAAGAAUAAUUACAUUGUCGUAUGAUUCUCUUACUGGGACAGUUUCUUAGACUUUCCCCUUUUUCCUAUGGUUGUCCCUUGGGCUGUGUAUUGUUAUUCACAUUUGUUAUAACCUGUACUGGUACAGAAUGACUCUGCAACAGAAGAUGAUGACGAAGGUGAUGACGAUGAUGACGAAGAAGUGGUCACUAUUCUGCCGGAGGAUAAAUACCGCGUGGGUUCCUUGGAGAAGAUGAUCUCGGUCAUGGCGGUGUUGGUUGAGGAAUCGCGAUGUGAAAGGUGUGUACAGCUACCUUAGCUGACUAUUCUGUCGUUUCGGUAGGGUAGUGAAACUUCGCCAGUUGCAAAAAAGCUCAAGACACUUAGAUUAGACACUUAGGAUCAUAGAUGCGGUGUGUCAUGCAUCGUAUGAUUUAUAUUCCUUAGCCUUGUUGUGAGCUCUAUUGAUUCCCAUAUCGUAUUCAGCACUUAGAGCGACAGUUUCUAACGGUGGAAGGGGGGGUAAUUCCCUUGUUUUCGAUUUCUUCCUCCGAGGUGUAGUGAAGUAAUUAAAGUGCUGUGGCUGCUUUUAUUGUUUGUUUGCUUUUUUCAACAAGUAUGGCAACCUUUUUGCAGCUUCUUGCUGCUUGUGGUCGAGGGACGCCCCCCAAAAAAAAAAAAAAAAUUGCCUCGAGUAUGAACAUUUUCCUUCAGGAAUCUUUCUCCUUGUGUAGGGAUAUAUGCCAUGAUUCUGGAACAAGGAUAUUCAAAACGAUAACAACACAUUUUGUGUUAGGAACAAGGGGCGCAAGUGGUUUAUGAUUUUAACCGCAGAUUUUAGUGACGUAUUACUUUUCAUUUUCAUUAUUCUUCUGUCAUGUAGGCGAAUCUUUGCUGACGUCAUUGUUUACAUUAUUCCUCAUUAGCAUACGACUUAACUCAUAAAAGUCUUGGCCGUAUAUACAAACUAAAUCAAAAGUUGAAAGAGCAGAUUAACUUGAGCUGUUUAUGCAAUUUUCAGCUCUUUGCAAGCGAUAUUGAAGGAAAUAUCAGCCUCCGAAAAUUUCGAAAUGGCUGGGUGGCCAAAAAGUUAAUGAGCCUUACGUUCUUUGUAAAAUUUCGAGUUUUUGAAAGAGAAUUUCUUCGAAACCAUUCGGUACAUCGGGCUCAAAUUUUUAGAGAAAACUAUUCAGAGGUUUUAUUUUGUUAGCCUUAUCGGAUAAUGAUGAGCAUAUGUUAACGAGGCCAAAAAUGUAAACAAAGAUUCGCCUCUAACAAAACUUACAUCACCAUUUAUAGAACAUACCGUAUAUAUUAAAUUCACAGAACACCACUUACACUAUAUCUCUUUUUGCACCAUUGGAAAGAUCUGUAACUUUGAAAUCAGGUUAUUUGAAAUAGGUCUGUUGCCCCGACGCCCCCCAAAAUGGGAGAGAAUGAAUGCUAAAACCAGUUCAUGACUGUUUGACUUUUUAGAAACCGAUUUUAGCUUAGUGCUGACUAAUGUAACUGAUUAAUUUUCUUUGGUUUGCCAGACAACUUCACCUGUCAGAAAAUGAUUUAGCUGCACUUACUGGUGGAAAGGUAAUUGUUGAGCGUCGUGUGUUUUGUCGAACCUCUUUCGGUUUUGUUUUUCACUCUUUAAUUUAUAGGUCUAGCCAAGGCCUAAAAAGCGAAGCUCUCCAGUGAUCUUAAAAGAAAUGCCUUGCUCGAGUAAUUCAACUUUUGCCUUAAGUAAAAAGCGAACCGAAUUCCACCUUUAAAACAUGGACCUGAACCCGCGAUCAAUUGAAAACUAAAAGCUGGUCAGCUGAUAACUUUAAAAAUGCGUCACCUCAAUGAGUUGUAUACCUGAGCUGCCGAUACAUUCAUGUGACACUGGUUAGCGGGAUACCUUUUUUGCAGUUCUCAAUUGACCAUAACAUUGAUGUCCAAUAACAAGUUAAACAUGAAAAGUAUGCAGUAUGUCUUGGACUUCCAGCUAGCAAGUGUGCCAUUUCACAUCCGCUAAUAUGAAUGUGUGGACGUACGUACGGACGAUUUUGUAAGAACCAAAAUUCUUGGAUGCAUAGGGAACCAAAUUUUUUUUAUCAGUGGUGCUCCGCUGCGCGCGCGAGAGAGCUCCACUAUUAGUGCACUUGAUGAAUUAAUUUUUACUUGCAGGGAUUUCCAUUCCUUUUCCAAGCCAUAAAAGACAGCAUCAACCUGCGCCACACAACGAACUUGAUCUUCAGCCUGUGUCGAUACAAUGUCAAGCUCGCGGAAAAUGUGAGUCAAAAUUACUAAUGUUUCGGUACUCUUCCCACAAACAGAUAAAAAGGGACAGACUUAAAACGAAUGUGCUACCACGGUCGUAACUGUUUAUUAGAAGGUGGCCUAAAAUACGUACAGGAGGUCCUCUCCGAGUAGCCCCGAGCCUCUGUUUCAAGAUUAGGCUAAGUGCGAAUGCAGUAAUGUGAAAAUGAUUUUUCUUUUUAUUCUCAUGCAAAUAUCACUCAUUUUCACAAGAAAGCUUUUGCUCUCUGCAUCUUUUUGAAAAUGAGAGUUUUUGGAACUCGGUAAUAACCUAUUUCGCGAUUGGUUUCGGCUCCAUGAAAUACUGUACCGAUUGCAGAACAUUUGCUGAAGAGCCUCCUAGAAUGUGAGCACAGAUGCAGAAAGGACAGAAAAUUUAUUGUGAAAACUUUUAGGUAAAAAAGGCAAUAUUGCAGAAAUCUGCUUUGCAGUUGCUUAAAUUGCAGGUGCUUUAUAACAUAAUUCUUUUGGUAUGACAUAUUUCUUUCAACGAAUGUCUUUCGUAGAAAGUGAAAAAAAAAAUAAAUCCACCUAUACUUGUAAUCUUUGUUCAGAAAUUUUGUCACUAGAAUCUUCUCUUGGAAAUCUUAAACCUCUUCUUAAGAGAGCUUUAGCUUAACGUGAGUGUUUGUUUCAGAUUAUUUCCCUGUUGAUGUCUUCUGUUCAGAAAUUGCCACCAGAGGUAAGGAAGAUGUUGCUUCUAGCCUUUUUAAUGCAUUUUAAUGCAAUUUGAAGGAGUAAACAGCAAAGAGCGCCAUCACUGCCAGUGGUCAGUGGUUUGGCAUGAAGGCGUGUGCGCAGUAGUUCGCUACAUCGUUCACAAGGCAGACUUCUUUUAGGAGAAAUAAGAGACUGCCUAUCAUUUAAUACGUUGAUUGUGUCUCAAGUUAAGCUUAAGGAAUGCAUGUUCAUAAAAUGGUAGAAACCCGACCUCAACCAGCAGGUGAAACACGUAAACCUGACUUUCUUCUUGUAAGUUCCUUAACGUCGCUAAUUUAAACUUCUAAGUACACAAUAUUGUAAACGCAAUAUAACGAACUUUGUAACAUCGCUCGCGAUUUAAAUUCAACGGUGAAUUCACAAUAUGUAACUCUGAAGAUGUCGGAUGUACCGUCGAAACGUGUCUAGUAAAUUAAGGAAGGUUUUGUUUAUGCGGCUGUCUUGUAAUGAUGAUGGUGAUGAUGAUGAUGAUGAUGAUUACAUUACUUUGGUGUCAACGUAACAAUCACGUGUUUGCUUACACUUAUUUAUUGCCCCCUGCAGCAGUCGCAUUCGUUCUUCAAGCUGUUGUCAAUGUUGACAGAGAUGCAGGGGGGUCCACCUGGAAUGCCAUCGUUUACUAACCUGACACUUGCUCGCAUUUGGGAGGUAAGAGUUGUUACAAUUACUUACCAUUUCUUUUAAAAAAUCUCGCUCAGUUGUUUCUGUUUUAACAUAACACCUGUACAUUUAUUAGCACUAUACAAAAGCAAAGGAUUAUUUCACUUGUUUUCCCUACCUACUGUCUCUUUCUUCUUCCCCAGUGUCGAGUAUCUAUAUGUUUGUAAAUAGGUAUUACAGUGUAAAUCAGUAUUGCAGACGGGAUAAGGUUGCAAGUUGGUCAGGAAUGUCACUUAGAUUUCAAGUCCCGAUUUUAUGCAAUUAGUAGAUGGGGAAUUCAAACGUUAGGUUGUUCUUCUGGUUUUCUUUUCCUAUCCUUUUCUAGUAAAGUAGCCAGGGAAAAUCCCCGGUCCCCUGCCGAUAGUGUCAGCUCUGUUAAGUAUUGUAGGUCUCCAAAGGAAAUAGGCCUUAGCAGCUUCACCGAUAUGAUACUCACAGUAUCACCAACAGCACCAUAGGAGUGUUUUACUACGUAGUUUUCAUUUGAACGAUCACAAUAACACAGAUGAAUGAAAGGUGAUGGCUAUCAUAUGAUUGCCCAUCUCUUGCUAGUCCCAAAAUCAAUUGCUGAACCCGUAGAUGCUUAAUAUACUGAAACGAUUAUUUUCAUGCGUUGGAAACACGGUAAGAGUAGAUAGGGACCUUAAGCAACGACGGCGGCGACGUCAACGAGAACUUCAAAAAAGCAACAGGUUUAGAUUGGCCAAAAACAAACAAACAACUCUGCACCUGCAUCACUCUUUUUUGUACAUUUUUUUUGCCGUCACUGCACGACUACGACGUAAAAUUCCACGUUUUAUGGAGGACGUGAACACAAGACGACGACUUUCUUUUUCUUUUCCUGAACUUAGAUACAACCUUUUACAAUUCAACUCCAGAAAAAAAAAAAUUGCCAACAUUUGACGAAUUGAAGGAGAUGAGGUAGUCACGAUAAAUUUUGAGGAGCGCGACGUAACUUUUUAAGUGUCGUUUUCGUAGUCAUCGUCUUCGUUGCUGCAUAAGCUCCCUUAUACUACUACAUGAGAAAUUUCUACAAUUUGAUUGGCUUAGAGCAGUGGUAUUUCAGCUUAAUUUGAAAUACCUACGUGUGAAAAUUACAAAUCUUUUGCUGGUAGUAGUAUAAACAAAUAAUAGCAUGAUUUGUACGUGAUGUUUGGCAUAAAUACCACUCGUGAUAUUUCAAAAUUGUCUCAAAUUUCACUCGUUUGACGGCUCGUGAAAUUACUUAGAACUUAAUAUCACUUGCGGUGUUUAUGCCAAAUAUCACUACAAAUCAUGCUAUUACCUAUACUAAUAAUACGGAGAGAGAGCGCAAAGUCGAAAUAUUUCAACUUCAAACUUUUUGCUCUGUUUCCGCAGUUUUGUCAUCAGUAUAAUGUUCGUGCCUGUUUUCUCUGUCGCAGGCUGCUGAGUACAAUGCUGCUCUGUGUAUUGACUGGUUGACUUGCAUGGCGCCUAAAAACAGAAUGGUAGGUUUUUAUCCUCAUUUUGACGCUGUUUUAAAUGGAGCAUCUAAGACAACAUCCCUCGGCGUAGUUUUGGUUUUGCAUUACUUCUUUUUUCAUUAGUUGAAAACUCUUGUGCUAGUUGUUCAACUGAGGGGGCUUUUAUUCAAAAUGUCCUUGGGGGCGGGUCAAUACAAUUGUGGGGUUAGGUUAACUUGGGAAGCCCUGAUUGGUAGAGGGGGCUAUUAACUUUUUUGGAAACCCCGUAGGGUGUGAUAAAAUAAGUGUGAAUUUAAAGGGUGGGUAGUGGAUUUCCUUUACUACAUGACAUCGGUGGCAAACAGGAGUGGGGAGGGGGUUAAGGAAAAAAUUAGAAACCCUUUCACUGGUUUUGUCUCGCCGUACCCCUCCCCUUUUUUUUAUCAAAGAAUUUAAUACCCGCUAAUCUUAAAUCAAUUGUGCUCGUUGGUCAUGCGUUUGGCAGCGUUCACAUUCAUUUGCUAGAAUUUUGAUUAGUAUCAUGUGAAUGCCUAAUAUGAUUACUUAUCACAUGAAAACUCGUCUAACACUUUAAGGCCUCUUAGAAGUGUCAAGUAACUAAUAAUAAUUAAUUGAUUGAUAUUUACAUUCCUCGCUAUGUAGGCUCAUCAGUGGGUUCUGGACAACAUGGAUAAAUGGGUUGAGAAGUACUUAAUAGCGGACAACAGCAUUAGAAUCAGGAAUGGUAGGUCAUCUUAGUCUUGGAUAUCUUGUAGAUACAACUAUGCAAAGAGGUAACCGUGUUCCGAUAUCUUUGUUCAUUGGGAGUGUAUUGACAGUUUUGGGGGCGCAUUUUCAACAUCGCCACAAAUUUGUUCAAAACAGUCCCACAAUGCAGUAAAUGCUCAAAUGUGGGAGGUAUUUGCGUGCACAACCCUUUCCCAAAAAUUUCCAGUAGAAAAAAUCAGUACCUGAAGACCUGACCAUUGCUUGUGGAUUUUGUUUUUGUAUUCCUUCAGCCUCAGCGUAUUUGCUUGUGAGUCUUGUUCCCAACAAUCACUUCAGACAGGGGUUCAGGUGAGUGCCUGUGUCAGAUUCCUUCCUUUGAUGUACAUUCAAAUGCAUUUUGUUGGGCUGCUGUUUACUUCCUCCAUAAAACGUGAAAUUAGGAAAUUUCACUUCGUAGUCGUGCAGUGACGAUAGUGAAAUGUACUAAAAGUGGGAUGCACGUGCAAAGUUGUUGUUUUGUGUAUCAAACCUAUAGUUUGUUGUUGUUAUUAUUAUUUUGACGUUCUCGUUGCCGUUGCUGUGGGGGUUGCUUAGGCGCCCUACUUUAAUAUGUAUCAGUGUCAGUUUUAUCCAGGUUUCUGAUUUUGUUGGUCAGUAGUAUCCGAGUUAAAUUGUCGUUUACUCGUAAUAAAUUCUAAAUACACUUUUCCUAUAUCGGCCAUUAAAGCCGAGCUUUCUUCCUGUAAGUACAAUCACAGAUUUCUGGUGUCAUUUUAGGGAAUUCAAGCAAAGGCGUUUUUGAGCAACGCACGACAACCGGAAGUGGCCUUUUUACAUUCCUGUGCAGUGGUUUUGCCGAAAUUUUCAGUUAAAUCGUCUCUACAAGUGUAAAGAAACCAAGCAAUACAAAUUGUAUAGCGUCAAGGCAUAUUAAAGGGGAAAAAAUCAACACUUCCGGUUGACAUGUGUUUGUCUCAAAAAUGUCUUUGCUUAAGUUCGCUUUUAACUACAAUUCGUUUCUUUAGAUACGAGAAAGAAAACUGGGUCGAGUUUAACCUUCGCAAAGACUUCUGGGACUGUUGCUAGGGACAGAAAAAAAGUAUGACCAACAGCUGGUCGGCGCUUCCCUAGUUACCGUCCCAGAAACAUUUGCGGGACACAUUUCGACCCCUUUCCCCUUCUCGUUUCUAAAGUAGCGAAUGUAACCGCUGGUUGUACUUUUUUUCCCCCCCUCAGGUCAAGAAACUUUUCUGCGCCUCACAAAGAACUGAUGGUAACUAGUGCAGCUCUUUUCAUUUAACCCUCAAGGCGAUGUUGCACCGAAGGAUUUGCAACGACUUUGUCCGCACAACACAACGUUGCAACGCUGUUGCAAUAUUGUUUCGAACUGUAACAACAUUGUUUCGGCAUUGUUGCCCUAAAAAUCGUCGUUGCAAAUCGUCUCGUGUAACAUCAACUUGACACUUUUGAGAGCACCUAUAAUAAAUAAACCCUUUCAUUCCUAUCUUAUGGUGAGAUUACCUGUCACUCCAACUUUAACAUCUGUGAACGAAAGCCUAUGGUAGUACUUUUGAACUGAAACCUCUUUUGCAGAACUUUUUCAUAGUGCCAUUUGAUUUCUUCGGACUUGAGGAAAAGGGAAUUUGAAUUUCGGGGGUGGGGUGGGAGGGGUUGUCUCUGCUCAGCUCGAGAUUUACAUUCUGGUGCUCUCCUGACAUCCGGGGUACAGCGUAGUAUUAAAACCAUCAGAAAGUUAAUUCCUCCGCGCCACAGUUAGUACCACUUGGCAUCUGUCAUUAGUACCACUUGGCAUCUGUCAUUGGUGUAAUCACGAUGGUAAAGCCAUCGAGCGCGAAAAUCGUGGAAGCAAUGUCUAUGCCGUCUAUACAUUGAAACAUUAAAGAGUCUUUCAGUGAGAGUCUUAUCUUUUGUAUUUCAGCUAAGCAAGGAUGCUCUUUCUAUACUUCACGAGGUACGGUGCAAAACGUUUCUGGUAGAAUGUGUUUUCGUUCUUGCUCUGUUACACUUUCGUCGGUUAAUUAUCAGUUUAUUGUUUGUUGUUUUGUAUUGUUUAACAGAUUUUCAAAACGCUGCUAACGUUGCUUGGAAGGGCAAGAAAAUACUGCGGUAUGUGAAAUACGGACGGAAUUUAAAUUGCUUUGAGUUUCUGACCCACUAUCGUCUAGGUCUGAAAAUGUUAGCUUAAACAACUGAAAAUCAUUUAGAUCACCCGUCGACUACUAUUUUUACAACAACAAUAAAAUUGUGGGAAUUGCUUGUCUUUUACGUAUCCCUAAUGUGUUAAAUUCGAUCAGUGUCUAUAGAUUAGUGUUUGUAGGGAGUUGAUUAUGACACGUUAAACAGUCAUACCACUCUUCGAGUUUUAGAUAGAAAGGAAUUUGAGCGUACUGCCUUUUGUUGGAUGGAAGUCGAAAAAAACAAACACAAAAUCUUUCAGCCAUGGGAGAUUACUUAAGACUAAGAGCUCCUUUAUUCAUGUAAAUUAAUGAUUUUAUUUUGGCAGUUAGCUUUGUUUCUUUGUCGUGUGUGCGACCGCAGUUAAGAAAAUGACUAUGAGAUUCUGGGAAACCACCCAGAUUUUACCAAAAAGAGAAGCUGGUGUUAAUUCACCUUUUUCACAUAAACCAUACAUACAUACCACUAUCUUCGAUUUUUCUUGGGACGACUGUAAUACCCAGGAGAAAUUGGAAACAGUGGUUUUGCAAAAUUUUGGGGGUGCAUUAUGGGUUAUAUGAAAAUAGUGAAUGUUGGAUUAGGGGAGGGGUGGUUGGCAGUUUGCCAGAGUUAUAUACUGAUUCAUUUUGUUAUUUUCUACCAACCUACCCCUCCGCCAACCCCACAUUUUGCGCAAAGUGAGAGUUACUCUUGGAUUAGGGGAGGGGUAGGGGGGAGUUUGCCAGAACCUUAUACCUUAUCAAUCUGUUACCUACCUACCUACCUACCUACCUACCCCUCCCCUAACCCAAUGUUUUGUCCUAAGGGAGAAGCUGGUGUUUAUGUUAGAUUAGAUGAGAGGCAGGUGGGCAGUUUGUCAGAAUGUUAGACUGAUUCAUUUUUUUCUCUCACUCUCUCUGUUGUAGAUCGUAAUAUUCAUGGUACAACAAAGCUUGUCAGCUAUUUUGCUGUGUUGAACUACUGCCUGCUUUCGCGCACUGAAAAAGAAAUGGUAUGCUGACUUUUGCUAUUUAUUUUAGGCACUUUUGCCCUCAUUUCAAAAAUAAUAUUUUUAUAUGUCCCUUUGCAUAAACACCAUUAAAUCGUGGGUUACAAUUUUAGGUACAUUCAUUGAUUUUAUAAAGGGAACCUUAGACAGUUCUGCCAUCAUUACGUCAUUUGAAAUUUACCAAAAAGCCUGAUUCACGUGCAGAGUUGUUCGUUUGCUUGUUGAACCUAUUGCCUUUUUAACGUUCCUGUUGCCGUCGCUGUCGCCGUCGCCGUUGUAGUUUCUAAGUAUCCCUAACAAAGACGGUGUGGUUAUCACAGACAGGAAAACUUUACAAAUGAGAAUAUCACUGCAAACACGCGAUUGAGGCUGCGAAGUGCCAUGCAAGUCACAUAACAGAAUCUUUACUACAGGUUUCUAGUAAGAUCUAAUAAGGGCACGUGGUUAGCAAAACGUUUCGCGCGGGAAGCGCGAGCGAACUGCCAACAUCAGUACUACGAAUUUUGGCACAAUGGCAAGAGAAAGAUAGGGAGAGAGAGAGGAAAGGGCGAAGGUUGACCUUGGCGACGUUUUCAUGAGUCAGCUAUGAGCAAUAGAAACGUGUAAUUCAUGUAUUUAUACUACUACAGGAGAAAUUUCUGCAAUUUGAUUGGCUUAGAGCAGUGGUAUUUCAGCUUAAUUUGAAAUACCUACAUGUGAAAAUUACAAACCUUUUGCGGGUAGUAGUAUAAACAAAUAAUAGCAGGAUUUGUACGUGAUAUUUGGCAUAAAUACCACUCGUGAUAUUUCAAAAUUGUCUCAAAUUUCACUCGCCUAACGGCUCGUGAAAUUACGUAUAACAAUUUUGAAAUAUCACUCGUGGUAUUUAUGCCAAAUAUCACUACAAAUCAUGCUAUUACCUAUACUAAUAAAAUAAAGUAAUUACAUUGGAUGAACGUUCCUUUGAGUUUGAACUUGAUUCCUUGUUACUGUUGUCUUUAGUUCACGCCUUACUGUGCGGAGUUAUGGCGUUUGUUUCACCCGCUCAUGUCAGAGCCAAACAUUGCUGUACAUCCAAACAAACAGGUAUGUAAUUCCAUUUAUACUCAAGUUAAUUACUAUUAAGCUGCUGUGACACAGUUUAGAUAGAUAAUUUAUUUAGAUAAUUUAUUUAAUGUCAGAUACACAAGGGGUGGUCUCCCAAUCCCCCGAGCCACAGGCUCAUGAUAGCAAACCUCUCCAGGGUGCUGAUUUAGAGGGGCUAUUGAGGCUUCGGCACUUUCUGGGUUCAUUUGGGAAAAGAGUGGAAGUACUGAUAUGCUACUGGUUGGCUUACCCAUCUAUCAGCCAAUCACAAAUGACGCUUGCGCACCCUAGAGAAUAGACUUGCUACAAGUCGACCUCUCAUAGGUUCUUAAAAGCGAGAGAAGCGAGCUUCAAUGCAAGAGGUCGCUUGCGACCGAGCGAGCGACGAAGUCUUGAGGUCGACUUGUUUCGCCUGAAUGAAUCUGAAUCAUAUUAUAAGUUAAAAAAAUUAUUGGCAUAUGCUGUUUCGGGAGCGGCGUGAAAUAUCCCACACCAUCUUAUUAGUCAACUGUCAUGACGUCACCGGUAGAAUUUUGGACCGGUAAAUUUCGCGGCAAACAGGUAGGAAAGUCCUUUAAGAUUUCCUAGCCAACCAGCGAAAAAAAAAUAAAAGGACUUUUAGAAAGUCUACCAAAGGAUCUCAGAAGCUGUUGUAUCAAAAGCUUGUUCCCAUUCUCCAUGUACAUUUGAGAAUGCUGAAUUGUUUUCUCUCUGUUCUAUUAAAUUGCGGUAUUAACAAAACCGUAACGGUCCCUUAAUUACAGGGUUGUCACUAAGAUUUCAAGUUGCCGGGUAAAUGCAACAAGUAGGCGGGGAAUCAAACGGCUAGGAAUUUCUUUUGGUUCUAUUUUUCUUCUAUUUUCCAAUAAAAGUAGCCGGGGGCCACUCUCUUAGUAGCCGGGGAAAAUCCCCGGCCCCCGGCUCUUAAUGACAACCCUGCAGUUAAUCUUCUCUUUAUUAUUUGUUUUAAGUAAAAUCUCUUAUUAUUCAGUUUAGCAAUCACGAUACAAAAUUACUAUAUGAAAGAUAUUUCUUGUCAGGCUGUCUGUCAUUUUAAACAAAAAGGAGUAGAAAACUAAGUUGUACAAGUUGAAUGUUACUUGCUAAACACGCGACGAUAUCUCAGUAAACCUACUGUUACUGCUUACUGGUGUGGCUAAUUUUUUUCCCAAAGAGAUCACCUCUGCUAAAUGCCCAUGAAUAGCCGUUUAAAGUUGUAGGUUAAAUUGUAAGGCAUUAUUUUUUUUCUUUUCUUUAGGCCCUGUUGAUCUUUUGGUUUCACUCUUGCAUUGGCUGUGAGGAAAAUAUCGACUUUAUUACGGAAAAUAACCACGUUGCCACCAACAUUCCGCUCAACUACAUUCUGUGAGUUGCCCUCUUAAUUAAUUCUGUGUAUCCAUUGUUCAAGUGCUUUGUUUAUGUAACUCGUGAUGGGUCCUUCAACAUCCCUCGUGAUAGUUUGUCUAGCAAAACCUGCCGGCACAUAAUGAUGGCGUGGAGAGGUCUAAAACAACUUUCAGCCCAAAACUUUAUUCAUCUCGAUUUUUUUCCCUUGCUUUGUGGAUCAACGAUUUUUUAUAAUGUAGAUGGACUUUGCUUUCUUUAAGUUGUUACCGACUUUUUACCCUGGUCAUUUGAAACGUGGAAAAAUUAAUUGAAUUUAGAUAUGCGACUGGACCAGUUUGGUCCAACCGAAAUAGUGCUCUCCUACUUUGUAGACGGAAAAUUCUUGUUUGGAAUCAAUUGGUAUGCGUUUUUCCACUAGUAAAGUUUUAUGAACUCGUCGAUUUGUGGACUUUUAUUUUAAUUGCAUUUGUGUUGUUAUAUGUUUUUCAUUAAUUUGACCCUUGUUUUCGCUCAUGCAGCCCUUUAAUUAAAUCUGCAUUCAUCUAAACGCAGUCAUUACAUUGUAACUAUUUUGUUAACUAUGUUUUAUUUUUUCAGCUCUAGUGACGAACCGGAAGUACUGACGUUUAACAGGAAUGUUCUACCUGCGUAUUAUGGUCUACUGCGGUUGUGCUGUGAGCACUCUCCUUCGUUCACACGCCAGCUCUCCACUCAUUCCAACAUGAAGUGGGCUUUUGAGAAUCUCACCACUCGCAUGAACCAGUACCCACAGGUAUCUAACUCACUUAAAUUCUGAGUUUAAUCCUUUAAGCCCCAAUAUCAACAUAAGAAUUCUCCAAACUGAUCUUCAUACAUUUUCUUAGACUUUGUUGGGAGAAUUUGAUAAAGAUACAAAAAUUUACCUCUAAUUUUUCAUAACCUUUUCUGUUGAUGAUAUCGUAUUGAUAUCGUCAGACGAAAUUUGAUGUUGAUCACUCUUGAAACCUAAAGGGUUGACCAUUUCUUUCCCAAAAUUUAACAAAAAUUUUAAAUUUCAUCUUCGAUGAACCAUGCAAAGUAAUGCUAGAACUACCAAAGAGGUUUCAUUUGGAUGGUCUCACUCUGGGAUUCCAUCCGCAGACUCAGAGUUAAAUUUUAGUGUGAGAAGUUAGAAUUUAUCAGAAGUUAUAAGUUAUAAGUUUUUCUUUUUUUUUUUUACAACAUCUUAAAAAACACCAUUUGUGAAAUUACUGCUAAAGACGUUUCAUUUGAAUGGUCGCACCAUAGGAUUUCUUCCACAGCCUCAUAAGUUAGAAGUACAUACUAAAUAAAUGCUGCCAUGUGAAAGUGUGGAGAUGAUUCAAAGUUCUUUUGUUGUUUUCUUAAACACUGGAUCAACUCCAUCUUCGAAAGGAAUUAAUGUUUUUAUAUUUUUACCGUUACAGGCAGUGGAAGAGCUGUUUGCUCUCCUGCGGUUAUUUGCUGGUGUGACAUGUGACCCGUCGAGGGAGAAAACUAAAGAAGAAGAAGCGUUUGAGGCGGCCUUCAGAAAAGACACGAUUGCUCUGUAUCAGAGUGUACUUGACCCUGGUGCAUCGUGGACCACGCUUAUAAGGUAUAGAUACAUUAUCUUAUAUAUAUCGACUCUGUUGAGAUUCAGUCAACUCUCUCGUAACGAACACCUCCCUAAAAUGGACACUUCGAGUCGGCCCCUGACUUUCUUGCUCCUUUUAGGGCCUGUUUACAUGGAGGUGUUGGACCCCAGGUAGGUUAGAUAACCGGCCUGUCCAUAUAAUCGCUCAUUUUGAUGUGAUCACGUUCACAUGAUAGGUGGGGUGACCAUAUGAGAGAUUGAAUGCGCAUGCGGGUUACCCCACCUACCUGCUCCCCCCACCCUACCUCUUCAAUGCAAACAGGCCCUUUGUUGACUCUCUUUUAGACUGACAUCUCUCUAAGACGGGAACAUAGUGCCGAUCCCAUAGAUGUCCGUUUUAGAGCGAUUUGACUGUAAAAGAGAACAGAUUUUAGACCAGGGAUGAAAUUCAAUCACUGGAAAUGCACAACGCCAUGAACAGAGUGAUUGUACAGCUAGUAACCGUUUUUUUGGUUCCCUUGUAGUGCCUACAAAAUCUUGCUUCAGACAGAAGAGGACAGAUUAACAGUGGUUGCCAACCAGGGACUUUUGACACUGUCAGAUGUAAGACUAAAUUGCACUUCAACUCUAGUCAGAUGAUAGUCUUUUCUUCUGAUGUAUUUCCCCUUCUUCGAGAAAUUAAACGCGCGCAGCGCAAGUGCAUCAACGCGAAGCACGAGAAAAAAAGCAAGUUUCCUGUACCCAUCCCUACUUAUUACUCUAGCGGCAAGUAAAUUCCCGUCGAUUUUUAUUUCUUUACGAGCGCUCGACUUUCCGUAAAGAGAAAGGUACAAGGUCUGUGAACAGACAAUUCUGUUGACUGCUCUUUUAAUAGAAUUAUGAAUAGUCACUAACGCAGGAAGCCGAAAUUUGCUUGGAAAGGAAAAUAUACAGGGCCGGUUAUUUAGAUAAAGCUUUGUUCAAGCAAGUCCUUAUAUGAGACGUUUAGUAAACCCAAUGUCAAGACUUAUGAAUUAGCAAAAGCAACAAAAACAUUUUUCUCCUAAAAAUUUCAAACCAAGAGGCAGAUAUACAGGUUUAUUGUAUUAGUUUGACAGUCGUUAGACAUUUAACCGGUAUUUUUGCACUUACUAGUACAUGGCAAAGUCAUGUGGAAGUUAAGAUUCUUCCAUCUUUAGAUCGCAGAAUGUUUUUACGUUGGAAGAAUAUUUCUUAGUUGGGGUAACAUCAUUCCGUACUGUUAUAUAGCUGGGAACUGUUUGCCCAACAGCACGCGCUCUCAUUGGUUACUUCGAGGACACAUGACAUCCAACAAUGGAACUCUUUCCCGCCAAAAUCUCUUAGCGGGCAACAUUGCAAAAUCUAGGAAAUCUAGGAGAAUGUUGGAAUGCGAGAUUGUUGACCGACGACCGCCGUUACAGCGAGGUGUAAUGAAUUUCCAGCUAUAUAACAAAUUACUGACUGACUGAUCCCAAGGGAAACAGUUAAUUUUGUUUCCCGAGGCGGGACUGUUUCCCUCGGAACCAGUCAUUAAGUGUUUAUUAUCAAACAGGCAUUCACCACCCUUCACAUGAUGUACCACGAGGCCACGGCCUGUCACGUAACGGGAGACCUGACAGAAGUGCUUAUGAUAUUACAUAACUUGCUGGUGUGCUGCCGGCCGCAUAGCAACAGACCAGGUACAGUAUACAUGCCGCGUGUAUCAAGCUGCAAGUGCGUUUUCGUUUGUUUGUUUUUUGUUGUUGUUGAUGUUAUUUUUUUCAAACAAGGUAAACUCUUAAAUUAUGUCCCUCUGCCUAGCCAGCGAAGCUGGUGGGAUUGUUAUGCCACGAGGGCCAACUCCGGAUCUGGAGGUCCGGGGUUCAAGCCUCGCCCGUCGCGUUGUUUCUUUAGACAGGGAACUUUACUCCACUUUGUCUCUCUUCACCCAGGUGUAUAAAUGUGUACCGGCGACAUACUGCUGGGCGGUAACCCUGCAAUGGACUAGCAUCCCGUCCAAGGGGGGAGUAGCAAUACUCCUGGGCAUGUUCCAUGCUAAGGAAACCGGGAAGCUAUCCUGCCGUUUGGGCCUUUGGCUCGUGUGCACCUUUAUCAAUUCUUUUUUUUUCUUACCAAACUUCCCCGUCGCCAAAAAGAAACAGCAUUCCCCCCGCUUAUUCCGCCAACUACACAGGCCCUCUUCUCCCCAACAGCUGUCUCUAACUCCACCAAUACCUCCGACCGGUUAGCCUGCGCUUUUUCCAAGAGAUUUUGUUGAAACACCAGCCCCUUCGUGCAUGCUAUUUAAAGCAUUUGACUGAUCUGGCCGGACAGUUUUGAUUAAAGUGAAAUCCUCAUUAUGACUGGAAUGGUCAGGCCGGUUAGUUCUGACAAAUGGAACGUGUCCUAAGAGAGCGCGCAAAUGCUGUUCUCUUAUCAAAGCUAAAUGCUAGCGCUAGAAAACUUUAAUGUUUCGUUCAGUGUGCAAUUUCUAUAUUGUUUACGAUUUAUCUGUGGCUUUUUGUUGUAUUUCAGAUGUCCGCAAUAGCCUUUCAACCUGGACCGAGAGAUUGGAUGUGGCACAAAAACUCCUUUCGUUGUUGAACUCUUAUACCCCUAAGGAAGUGAGACAGUCUUGCCUAGGUGAGUAUUUAAUGUUUCCUUGACAUCUAACAAACUCGCUUAAUUGCCUGCCCAGUUAUGAACACUGGAAUAUUUUGUCUUAAUCCCAUGAUGGUGUUGACAAGAAAGCAAUGAUUUUGUUUCUUUGGCAGAGGUGCUGAACGCCAUGUUGAUCCUGUACCCGAACGACUUCUCAGAAGCGAUUAUUCCUAUCAUCCAUGGCUCUCAUCAGCACUGGAACAAAACGUCUCCUCCAGGUCGGUGUCCUUACUCCAAAAAGGAGACGUUUAUGUCGUCUGAGUUGAUUUACGUUGAGUUCCGAUUGCGAGCCUUUUCGCUGUUGUUAGAAACUUAAUUACUCACGCACUUUAUAUCUUAACUGCACGUUUAACCCCAAGAAUUACCGAUCAAGCGAAAUUUCCAAGCUCCUGAAUUUGACAGUGGAGAUAACGUGAGUUCCAGUGGCAAAAAGUGGGUAGAACCCUAACCUGUGAGUAAGCUCUGUGUUUGAAAAUCGUGACCACGUCGUAGUUUACGCGCGAGUUUUCCACGAGCAACCACAAGUGUCUUAAGGUCAUGCGCGAGCAAUCUGCGAGAGAGGCUAGUCAGAACCGUUAAGAAAACAAAGGGGGGAUCAGCAGUAAGCCACACGAGGGCUGUACAUUAAUCAAAUGUUGCCACAUUAUUUCAGGACUCCUCGGUCCAUAUUUUCCUCGUCGACACACUAAGGUGAUCGUGAGCAGUAAGAGCGUCCCACGGCCAGCUGUACCUGAACUUAACAUGUUCCUACAUCCUUCAUUCCUCGAUUCACCAAAGGUAACGAUCUUGGAGUAAUAAUUGUUUCUCGUUCAAUACUCCUACAUCCUUCAUUCCUCGAUUCACCAAAGGUAACGAUCUUGAAGUAUUAUUUGUUUCGCGUUCGAUUAACUUGCAUUUCUCUACAAUUGCUGAAGGCAGGCUCUGGAUGUCUUGUUUUUUUCCAUUCUAUGUUGGGAAGGACGUGCUUUAUGUCCCAUAGAUAACCGCUACUUCGAGCUUGUGUUAUGUUAAGGCUGGUUUUCACUACCGAUGGAGUCGUAAUCGGAGGCGCAGAAGCUCCACGGAAUCAGAAUCGGAAGAAUCAGAACGUUUCCAUUUUCAUCCGACUUCCCUUAUGUCUCCGUCCCUUGUGAUCUAGUGAAAACCAGAUUGUUGAGUCGGAGGCAGAAGCGGACGGAUAAACCAUUCACAUUGUUGUUAUUUUCACGCAUGAUUGGCUUAGUUCUUCCGCUUUUCCUUGCAACUCUGACUACCUAGUUUUCGCUAGAUCGUAAUUGACUGAGUCGGAGGCAGAAUCAUGGCGCAACGCGGUAGCUUCUUUGUGCUUCGGACGGGUGCAAUCACCUGUGACGUAAUACAAAAGAUUGGAAAGACACUGAGCAAUACCCAGACUACAUCACAAAAGCGAACUAACAAUGGUUUCCGCAACACCAACAAACACCCCGGAACCCCAACUAUACUACCAGUACGGUUUCUUAAUCUUGCUAUCCUCUAUUUGAAUCUGUUGCUUCAUUACCCCUGAAAAUCCCAGUGGGGUUAAGGUAAUUAUCAUGUGUUUGUCAUCAGUGUCAUAAAUUAUUGAACUUGGUGGAGUAGGAUAUCUUUUCUCUUGAUCUGCGAUAAUUGAUCUCUCCGACUCUGACAAAUCAAGAUGCUUUCCUCAACCUCGCACAGUAAUAGACCCUUCCGCGGGUUUUUGAACUUUUUACAUGGACGAGUUGACGAAACUCCUUCGACACCGCUACAAAAAGCGUCUUAUAACUAGUAAAGUUGCCGAGUUUGAGAGUGAUUUGUUGACGUCUAACGAAGAUGAACUUGGUGGAGCAGAACAUCUUGAUUUGAUUAUGUCUCUUGAUCGUCGAUAAUUGGUCUCUUUGAUUCUGACGAAUCAAGAUGCUUGCCUCAACCUCGCGCAAUAAUAGACUCCUCCACGGGUUUUCAACUUUUGAAGUCGCGAAUUCUUACAGACAUUUGUAUCGUGUAGGGUAAGUUUGUGCUCUCCACCAUACAAAUCUCUGUAACAAUUCGCGGCUCUGCAAAGGUAUAACUUCGCUCGCUACAAAUUUAUCGCUUUCACUUUUGGUAAGUUCACUAAUUUCAAGCGAGAAAUGUCCUUUUUUCAUUGGUUGUAUGUUGUGUUUACAGGGAGUCGAGGAGUCCUACGACGCAGCUGUUACUGAAUAUUUUCAACCUUAUCAUUCGUUUGUGGAUAAACUUCUUCGGUUUGGAUUCAAUCAGGAUGAAGUACCCGAUCAUGUUAUAGCUUGUAGUAAGUGCUGUUCUUACUACAUGCCAUCGAGAGCCAUAAUGGGAUUAUGGCUCUUGAUGCCAUGGCCCGUAGUUAGCACUGUAAAUAAUUAGGCCAAUUCCCAGUUGCGCCAAUCCUCUGUUUCAAAGCGAGGCUAAGUGCGCAGCUUUUGAUACUAAGUACGGAGCUCUUAUGAAAAAGAUUCUUUGUUCUCCUGCAAUUGAAACUCAUUUUCAGAAGAAAGUUUUUACACUUGCUUAUCCCCACAUGCUUUUCCAGCAAGAAGCAGAUACAUAUCUUACUGUAUUUCUUUCAAAAUAUUUCUCCGCUUCUCUUUGGCUUAAAUCACCCGUCAAGUUUUUCAUAGUCAACUGGCGCUGACGAAAUCUGCAAGAAUAAGCCGGUCUCGGAGGGAGUUUUGCGCCAAAGCUGAUAAAUCUCUCUCCAUCUCCAAAAUUAUUAUUAACAGUUGUUCGUUGAUGGCUUUUACAUAGGAUGAAUAACCCUUAAUCCCAUGGAUUUCUUCUAUUCGCAUAAAUUAUAAGCUGAUGUUCUAAUAUCUUCUCUAUCACACCAGGUUUUAGGUCUCACUGUGGACGCAACUGUCCCAGCCAUCUCAGUUCAGUCCUCUUUUUAAAACAUGUUAUAUUGCGUUCGUGUUUUAGGCUGCCUUCUAGCUGUAGAGGCCAUUUCGCUUCACUUCACGUACUUUAGCAAGCUCUGGAUGGAAGUGUACCAGAAGGCUGGUGAAGUAAGUCGUGUGUUUUGUUCUAAAUGAAUGGUUACUCGGCGGGAAUGGCGUUAAGUGGCGGGAAUGUCAAAAGCUGGGAUGAACUUUUGUUCAAUUUUCCAUUGUAUUUUUCUCAUAUUAGCAGGGAGAAAUCAUCGGCCCGGGACCCCGGCCCUUGCUUCUAUUUUCCAUUGUUUCCGUUGUGAAAGUAGCCACGGGGUCUUGCUCAUAUUAACAGGGAGAAAUCAUCGGCCUCGGACCCCAGCCCUUAAAUGAGAGCCCUGCUGCUUACUUUUGGUUCUAUUUUCCUGUGUUCCCUAAGAAAGUAGCCAGGAGGUCAUGUUCAUAUAAGCCGGCGGAAAUUCCCGGCCCCCGACCCUUAAUGACAGCCGUGCAGUGCUUACAGGUGCAACUUUUUCUUUGCAGAAUACAAAAUACAGCAGUUGUAUAAAGCAUCUGUGUCAGCAGCCGGAAUUCUUAGAGGUAAGAUGAAGGAAUGAUCAGUACGUGAAGUGACGUUUGAGGAGUGACCUUUGCAAAUUUAGUUCGCUAGAACCAGCCGUGUUACAGGAAAACACCUUUCUUGCUUCAGUGAACCUCAACGGAAACAUUUUUUAUUUUGCAAGAGAGUUCCCCAACCCACUUUUCUCCUUUAAAGUUGUCAUUGCAAGUUUUGAGUACGAUCUUGCAAUCCCUAUAAUUUGGACGACGAGAGAGAGGGGCAUAAAUCACGUGACGUCCUAUGAGAAGGUCCAGUGCCUCGAGUCUUUUUGCAACUGGAUGUAGCAUAUGACCGAACAGUUUUUUACCUUUACAAUAGAGCGUUUUCACUCACUUGGCCAAGAAAAAGGUUCCACUCCCGUAGGAUUGGUUUGGACACCAACAUGGCCGCUAUUUCAUUGUUUUGGGACACCAAUAUGGCGGACGUUAGGUCACGGGAAAAUGCUCUACAUGCACAUGUUAAUGUACUUCUCAAAACUGUUGACUUGGAGUUUUGCUUGACAAUUAUUAGGACGUCCAGUUUUGAAGAAGGGUUGUCAAGGAGAACUUGCUAGUAAAACUGUACACUUUUCACAAAGUUUACAUAUACUUGAACGUAAUUUGCUAAGGGAGCGACAGUCCUUCGCGAAGCGCUUUGACACUCGCGUAAGUUUUCGCUUUCAUCAAAUACAAAACGAGAAAAUACAUUUCUGUGAAAAGUCUAUUGCAAACGAGGCCUAAGGUCCCUGCUUCUCCACCAAAAUCGUUUUAAGUCUCUCAGAGCCUUUGUUAAUAUAACCUGAUAAACAGAUAGUCCAGUGUUCUUGUUGUACGAUUGAGUCCCGUUGUCUAUUCAGUACAUAGAACUGAUCUUACUAGAUGAACGGGAAAGUCUGAAUGUGCGGGAUAUCUACUCCUUCCUUUGCUGUUUCUUUCCGAGGGUAAGCAUAAUGCAUUUUCACUUUAGCAUCAGGAAUAGGUUGCUCAUGUUACCAUGUUACCUGCUUUCGUUUAUCAUAAUUUAUUGAUAAUCUAUUUAUUGAUCACCGAAAAUAUGUUCAGUGAUUUUCACGUGCAACCUUUACGAACUCUUCAUUGUUUAUUUGACCAAUCACAUGGCACUCUUAACUUGCAUUCCCAUGUGCUUCGUCACUCUGUUUUUUCUUCACGGCCAAGCACAAUGUCUUGAAGUUUUCUUUUCAAAUUCCCUCCCCUCCAACCCUUCGCUUUGUUUUAUUUUAUUUUAGUGGACAUAGGACUUGCGAAACCUUAAUUAAGUGCCAUGUUGUCAAGUAGUAAUCAUUUUAUGUAUAUAACUUAUUAAUUAGUUAAACAGUAUUAUUUUAAGCAACUUAUCUAUAGUCAUAAUCAAUUUCUGCGUCAACACUUUGAUGUCCUUUUCAGUUAAGCGUUUCAACUCGAGGCAAUGAUAUGACAUCUAUUUAGUUACUUCUUACACUUCUCCUCUGAAAUUAGUAGUGUAUUUUCAAUAAAAAUUGGGAAUGGGGAUGAAGUGCUCCUCUCGUCACACUUUUCAGACUUUUGCCCCCAUAGACUCGACAUUUUGUACUCCUGGGAUGUACAUAUAGGUUAGUGGGGGCCCUAGGGAGGCCCACGAUUGGUCACAGCCGACCCUGAGGGGAGGACUAACUCCCUCCCCUAUAUCGGUCUGUGCAUAUUUACCCAGGAACGGUCACAGUCGGCCCUGGGAGGAGGCCCAACUCCCUCCUCCAUACCGUCGGUGUACCACCCUGGUGGUAGGUUUUCUUUAGCUCACAAAAAUCCAGGAGUACAUGGGGCUGACCUUUUAAGUUUCAGUGGGGCACUUUGUCACCCACUUCCCCUUUUAGAGCCACAUCAAGUUGUUGUUUGUUUUGUUGCUGUUCAGUAUAAUAAUUUUGGGUCCCCAAACAUGAGGAAGUUUAUUAACUGAAGAGUAAUCAGUUCAGGUUGCGGUUUUCAAACCUUUUGUUCUCCUUCCCUUUGCCUCCCUCACAGGUGUCUAAGCAGGUGUUGGUAAAUCAGUGGACUAACUUAGUCACGACACUUGUAACGACAGUAAUUGCCGACAGACCUGCAGCGGAGAAGGCGAGUGACGCGGAUCUGUGUGUUAUAGCCAAGAGACUUACUGCGGUAAGUUGUUCGGAUAGAUUGGUUUUAACCUGAAACUUCAGUGCCUAAAUGCUCUCAAUCUGGCCUCUCAAUCUGGAUAGCGCUAUUGGCCUGCCUCGUUGAUCAGGUGGUUAGAGCGCUGGUACAUCUACUUCUGUGCACUACUUAUCCCUUACUCAGUACUUAAAUUGCUCUUAUGGCUGUGUCUAUGGUUGAAUCUCAAUGUAAUAAUAAUAAUAGUAAUAAUAACUCCGUUAUUUACCCUCGGCACUAUUUAUAGCUUAAUGCUAGUGGGGCCGAGCAAAUGCCUGAAGCAAAUAAUCUGAACCAAACUUAACAGGGUUAAGAAUCCCAGCUGGCCGGAGGCAAACCAGCUGGUUAAUUGCAAAAGUGGCCGAGAAUUUGAACUCGGGACUACCAUGAACAAACCCAGUUAGCAGUUGGAGCGGGACUUGAACUCGGUGCCUCCGAAUUGCAAGUCCAGCGCUCUAACCACUCGGACACGCUGCCUCCCAUACUUCAGCGUGCUCUUUCAAACAAAGCCUAAUGAGAAGUACUUUCACACAACAGGAGGUGUUUUUCAGUAUUACUAUAGAAACGUUCCUAAUAGCAAUAAAAUUUCGCAGGAACUCCGAGCAAUGUCUCUGCUGUUCUCUGUUCGGGCGCCGCAGAAAUCCGACAUCAGCCCACUACUACAGCCGAGUCUUGAUGCACUUCUGUCAGUCUGUCGCAGGUAUCAAAACAAAAAACAAGAAAAUGCAAAGGCCACGCGCGCUGCGAGCGAGACUGAGCAACAGCAGAAAAACGAAGAGUCCGAGGACAAGAAGACAGGUGGAGAGGUGGAGCCGGUGAAAAAGCGAAGGAGAACGUUAGAAGGCGAAGAACAAACAAGUUCUAAAGGAGCAUCCGCAUCGUCUGAUGUGCCAGGACCUAGCAAGGAUGAUGACAGCGCUGCUGCUCGGAAAAGGGAGAAAGUCCAGAGUAGCUCCCAAAAACAAUCCCCAAAAAGUGGGUCAAUUUGGGGCUCAAGGCCGCCAACUGAUUGUGUGGACUCGCUAGUUAAAGCUAUUCAAAGUGCCAUCACCAAAAUCCCUGUAUAGGUAACAAACAUGAGAGGAACAGUCUGGCAUUCAUUGAAGCACCGUUAUAAAAGACACUUUGGCCUUAGGAGUCUGUUUGCUGCCAGAUGACUCCUAAGCUACGGGAAUCUCUGAGUGUUUUUAUGGACUGCUUUUGCAGCGUUUUACUUUCCAGUGCACAGCGGGAAAAGCCAAGAAGUUUUCGAGUUUUUUUUGUUUCCCAGAACUUGUGUAUUUGGAAAAAUAAAUGGAAAUGAACUGUAUCCCAGAAACGUUGGUAACCGGUUGGACAACAGUCUCCCUAAAACGAUAUGAUUUGAGUCGUGGUGUUGACGUUUUUAUACCCGUGAAAAAAGCUUUCUUUGUACUUUGUUUCAUUCCCUUCCACUCGACUAGAAUUUACAUCAUGCAGUGAAAGGAGGAUUUUGGAGGGUUAAAGCAACUAUGCACCUUUUCACCUUUCAUGGCUUCCUGCCGGUGACAAUGCAAGCCCCGGUAACUAAACAUACAAGACUAAACAGAGAAGGCAGACAAGCCGGGUGGGAGUGGUUUCCUUUACCCGGUUUAUGCUUUCUCUGACAUGUACAAUCAGAACUCCAGUCUCAAAAUGGGCCCUUCAUUCUGGGUCUUUCAGUCUUCAAGAUUCUUAAGUCUUUUCUUUCAACUUAAAGCCUGUCCAUCAAGUACGGGUUUCUAAUUUCGGCUUUUUUAAAAAAAUGGGAGUAUUGUAGGGAGGUGUGUUUUAUGGAAGUUGCAUUGUAUGUUCACAGUUUUGCAAAUCUACAAGAGAAAAGCGCUUUCACCGCCUUUUCUGACAUUGCGAAAAAUAAACGGUUUUAGAUAAUACUUACCUUGAAAAUAGAUGAUACAACUGUGCGUAGAGGCCACCGUCAAAUCAGAAAUGGGUAUCACAUAUAACCAUGAAGAUGUGCAUGUUAUAAUUAUAAAUGCCCACCGUAACGCGCAACCUGAGAAUUAGAAAUAGGUGAUGUAAUGUCACGUGGGUAACACAUUCCCCCUUGAACUCAGGCGAUAUAACUGCAAAUUUCCCGUUUCGUCUUGGUAAAUAUUUUAUUCUUGAGAAAAAAAACAAUAUUGAUCCUGUUAUUUAUCACUGAGAAAAAAGAUCUUACAUUAACUUCCUCGUUGAAAGCUCUUUCAGUGCAUUUAAAAUUAUGUAGCAGUAGUGUGGAUUUGUUUGGAAAAGAAACAGAGAUCAUAAAUUUAGAUGGUGUAGAAGUAAAUUUUGAUGGAAAUUGUUCAUUAAUGUUGCCGUUGGUGCAUUCUGCAGAUAAAAACGUAAUACCGUGGAAGCUCUCGUAACUGACACUCUGGUAAGCAAACAGCUCCACUUACGGCCACCUUUACAAAACUCCGUUUUUCUCAACUCCUAUACAAACCCUGUAUUUUUACAUUCUCGUAAGCGGCCAGCUCCACUUACGGCCCCUUUAAAAACUCCGUCAAGUUGUUUUACAUGCUCAACUUUCAAUACAAACCCUGUAUUUUUUAACUAUCAGUUAAUGAAACAGGUAGUUUGCUAGCCAGAACCAGGUCCAGGUUAUUGAACACCUUUUCCGAAAAUCCCAAAAACGUUCCGGGCUUUCGAGGGCUUACCCCAGGUCCAUUGCAAGAAACUAUUGCAACGACGAUUUUUAAGGCAAUUGUUGUAACAAUUCGAAACAAUGUCGCCAAAAAAAAAAAGUUGCAAAGCUGUGAUGCGUUGAAAAUAAUCGCUGUGAAUUGUCCCCACGUAACACUGGACAGUGCUGACAAUAAUAAAGAACAGCGAUUAUUGGGCGACGGUGAGCAAAAUAUCGUCAUUUGGCAGUGGCGUCAAUUGCUUAUAGUCCAUUUCUACGUGACUCCGUUUUACUACUAAUGGCC